ACACAGGGGGUUUGUGGUGUGAGAGAGAAAGAGAGGGUGAAAUGCGGUAGUAGUUGCUCUACAUAGGGAGAACCGGGUUGCCUGAGGCGAGAGAGCGCCUUCUGCGAUAUAUGGGGUUUCUCAGAACUGCUGCCCGGGACAUCCUUGGGACUCGCUGGGGGGCCAGGCGGCUUCGGCGGGCCGCUGCCUGAGAGGACCCGGGGCUGUAGCGCCGGGCGGGAACUGGGUGCUUGGUGGGACUAUGGCUUCCCCUCCCUCGAUCUCUCGGCCUCUUAUUUAUUUUCCCGGAGGGAGGAUGGGAACUCGAGACUUCGGACUCCCCUCAGGGCAGUUUGAUUGUGGAUGAGCGGGAGGCGCUAUUUACAUACGGGCGGGGAGAAGCGGCCCAAUGAGAAAGCGCCAUGGGGACCGCUCUCCCAGACGGGCAAGCGCCGGGGCCAGUAGGCAGCAGGAGGAGGGGCUUUGCGGAGGGGACUCGCGGCCAACGCCGGUAGCUCAUGUCAUUCCCGGUCGGAUAACGCGGCGGCAGCGGUAGAAGCAGCAGCAGCAGCAGAAGCUGGCGGCAGCGGCGGCGGCGAGGGCAGGUACCCGGCGUUGGCUAGCGGGUCCGGCGGGAAAGAGGCGCGCUUUUCUCGCUCCCUCGGAGGGAAGGAAGGGGCGCUGCUCUUGGGUUGGCGGGACCUCCAGCCCGGUCUCCCUCCGCCUCAGCCUCUCUCUCGGCCCCCGGCCCCUUCGGAGAGGCCCCUUUCGCCCUCCUUCCUGAGGGGAAAUCUUCCGGGCAGCCCAGGCACUGGUUGCCACCAUGGCGCGCCUCGCACACCCUCUCCCCGCAACCCCAUAACAACAGGCGCCGGCCGCUCACUUCCCCGUAGGAUUCAAGCCCUGUUUGUUCUUCUCCCCGCCACGACUUCCCCAGCCAGGCGUUGCCUUGGGAGACUUGGAAAUCGAAUUUCUCUCACUCGCCGUCGUUCUACCCGACCUCUUCUUUGGAAGAACCCCCCCCCCCCCAAAAAAAACAGCCCCAUUCUUACUAAAAGGGGAGUGGGAAAGGAGGGGAGGAACAAUGGCAGAUGCUGUGUGUGUGUGUUUUGGGGUCGGGAGGUGGAGGGGGCGAUGGAAAUAAUGAAAGAACUGGGAGCAGGGCGAGGGUGAAGACGCUUCUCGCCCCCAACACCACCACCACCACCGAGCAAUCACUUCUUCGGAUGCUGAUGACAAGACACCUGGCAUUUCCAACCUGGUUUAGAGAGGGUUUAAAAAAAAAAAAUACAAACGCUGCUGCCUCAGUCAUUGCAGUGGAGCAGAACUGCGGAGAGAAAGUAGUGAUGUUGUUAUUAGCUCCCCCCCCCCCGUUAGUGUCUCCUCUUCAUUAUGUAAGGAGGAGGUGGAGAUGGAGUUGGGGGGAAGGAAUUUAAGCUCUCAUGUUACUUCCCUUUUUUCAUACUAUCGGAGACUUACUUGGGUGAUGGCUGAUUUGGAGCUAGGCAACUGGACCUACUUAAAGAUUUGGGAAAAGACCUUUGGAAGAAAAGCACCCCUUUGCUAAAGUGGUAUGUUGGAAGUUUUGAGACAGAACUGAUGUCUCGGUGUAUUUUGUUGUUUCAUGGGCUCCUGACUUCUUUGUUUUUGAGCUAUAAGUGUAACUCAGAAUAAACGAGCAGGGUUCUGUCUUUGGGAAAUUGAGAAUGAAAAGUUGACAAAGUUUAUUUAUUCCAAACAGCAGUAUCUGUCCAAAGCUGCAAUAUAUCAUUUAUUAGAGGGGCAUUUCCCACUUGUAUUUAAAAAUGUUUAUUUUUAAAACUUUUUGUCUAAUCUUGCCUUUCGAAGCUUUGUGUAGAUUCAUCUCCAAAAUGGUACAAAGGCUCCUUAUAUAGUGGAGGUAGAAACACCAUCAUAUUCCCAACAUUAUAUACUUUACCAAAACAGUAUUUGGAGUUUCCAUAGAAAUGCCCUAAUGCAUAAAAAGAGGGAGCUCUUAAUCCACUAGAAAGUUUUAAUGUGAAAAUCCCAUUGAAAUUUCUGGCAAGAGGAAAACAUUGUAGUAUAUGAGAGAGAGAGAGAGAGAGAGAGAGAGAGAGAGUGUACAUUAGUCCUAUUAAGGAGUUCCUAAUCAUUUUAGCGGGCCUGUGCAAGAGAACCACGCCAAAAAUGGUUUCUGAAAAGGAAGAGCAAAUCUGUGGAUUAUUAUUAUUAUUACAGUCAAUAUAUGUGUGUAUAAUUUGCUUUUCUGCCCCAAAGCCCCCAAAGUGGUAAACAACAUGUUAAAACAAAAUAUUUAAUAAAAGUACAAUAAAAUGAAAUAAUAAAGUCAACAAACAAAGCAAUAUACAACUGCAAAAUCAUGACAUAGGAGGGCCAUAGAGCAUUUGCAAGCCAGAGGAUUAAAGGAUCCUCUUUCCAAUCCUAUAACACACACUUAGGGGGACAAAAGCCUGUACAAAUUAUUAGAAAUACUAAAAUAAAUUUGCCCCUACUAGAAGAAUUAAGGUUGCUCUCAACACGAUUGUAAUCCAGGCUGGAUUAUAUUGGUCACAAAUGGCAAAAUGCUAAAAGUAAACUUCAAUAGCUAGUUUAUUGCAUUUAUUUUUUAUUUGAUGAACGUACUACUAAUAAAUAGGCACAUGUAUUGAUAACAAGGGAUUGUAAAAACUAUGAAAGGUAAAACUGAAAGGCUAUGUAAUUUAUCUUCUGAUCUAAACAAACAAGAAUAAACUUCUGAUUUGAAUCCUUAGAAACAUGUUUCAUAGUGCCUUUCAAAGAGCAACAUAAAUUAUUUUCAACAAAAAGUAUUCUGACGUCAUGGAUCCUUAGCAUGCUAAUUGAUUGAGUUAUUUUUGUGUGAUCCGUCAUUUUACACUUUCACUGUAUUCAUACUCCUUUUAGGAAGAUGGAAUUUAAUGUAAAGUUUAACAGACAUUUUGAGUUUAAAAAAAUCAUUAUAUAACCUGUUUCUGAGAAAAAGUGAAGGUAGUCAUGAGCUGUGUCUCAUAGGAAAAUUCUAAAAUCUGUAUUAGGGCAAUGCCUUUAUUAGGCCAAGGAAAUUUCACAAAAUAUUGGUAAACAAGGCAAUGGUAAACAAGGCAAUCUGUUGGAGAAAUCUGUUUUUGGCUGAUGGUACAGCCAUGGAAUCUGCAUAUGGCCAUGGUGUUAAGAUGAAAUUGCGGAGGAGGUAGCAGACAUUCAAACGAGAGUAUUUAUCUGCUAUGCUGGCAUCAGGUUGUACCGUGGCCUUCCAGGAACAAGAAUAAUAAAAAUGGCUGAUUCCCAACCUCUGAAAAUACAAGAAUUAUUAUUACCCAGGUCUACCCAUCCUUAGGUUAAACAUAUUGGUAGGUAGAAAACAACUACCUGUUGACAGUGGUCAGAUGUGUAUCCUUCAGGAACCAAUACUAAGUGAAGGAUAAAAGCCUGCACUUCAGUGUUUAAAUUGCCAGGAAUUUUUCUGUAGAAUACAAAAGUAUACUAGUUGUACUUUAUGAAGAGUACUCGUUUCUAUGCAGUUUGUUGUCAGUAACCUCUAAGUCAAAAUAUACUUGUGUCUAGAAUUGGGGGAUGGGGUGGGGGAGGAGAUAAAGGCAGAUUGGUGGCCAGGAGUUGUGGAUGAAAAUCAAUUCAUUGUGGGAUGAUAAAGCACCUUUCCCCUUCACAGUUUCUGUGCUCUCAAGAGUGCCUUACAAAGUAUAAGGGGACUCGAAAGAACUAAAGUUAUUGUAAACUUGUUUUGUGGAAACUUCUCUGAGUGCUUUUUCAUUCUAGCAUAAGUGAGAUGGAACAACUAAUUCAUUCAUCUGUUUUGUUUAGCAACCCAGUUGUUAUUUUAUUUGUUCCAGUCAUAUACCGUUUAAUGGCUGAACUCUUUGAGUCACUAUGGAGACACAGUUUAUAGGAUUGAUUAUGAUUAAGAAAUAUACAAGAUGUAUACAAGGCUGCAACAACUGGUUUUAUGUGAAGGCCUGGGAUUUGGCUUACCACGAGUACAUGCUGUUAUACGUGGGUAAGCAAACUAAGGCCCGGGGGCCGGAUACGACCCAAUGCCUUCUAAAUCCGGCCCACAGACGGUCCGGGAAUCCGCGUGUUUUUACAUGAGUAGAAUGUGUGCUUUUAUUUAAAAAGCAUAUCUGGGCCCUUGAUGCAUUGUGGUGCUUCUAGGGGGAUCCCAGUAGGUCAUCUUAGCUGGAAUGAAAGAGAAACCAGUGGAGCUGAGUGCUGCACUUUUGAAGUAGUGAAAACUCAGAGCUGUUGACCAGAUUAUUGUUUUUGGUGUAGAUAAAGGAGGCCCAUUGCAUCAGGUAGACUGAAAACAAUCUUGUGCAUUUAACUGAAAUUGUAAAUAUUGUACUUUCAGUGCUGUGCUGGUAAGAAACAGUUCCUGGGGCUCAGAAGGGGCAAUAGGUGUGCCUCACUCUUGGUCUCCUACACAACCAUCUGAUGCCUGUUUUUGAUGGUGGGACUUAGCUCCCUGUUUGCCUAGGGGCAACUGCCACUACCUUGAUACCUUGAGAGCCAGUGUGGUGUAGUGGUUAAGAGCGAUAAUUAAGACUCGUAAUCUGGGGAACCAAGUUCGCGUCUCCGCUCCUCCACAUGCAGCUGCUGGGUGACCUUGGGCCAGUCACACUUCUCUGAAGUCUCUCAGCCCCACUCACCUCACAGACUGUUUGUUGUGGGGGAGGAAGGGAAAGGAGAAUGUUAGCCGCUUUGAGACUCCUUCGGGUAGUGAUAAAGUGGGGUAUCAAAUCCAAAUUCUUCUUCUUCUUGAUAAGUGUUCUUGUGGCCAUCUGGUUCAGCCUAGGAUUGUUCACAGCAUUCCUCCAAUAUCAACCCUCUUUGCUUCUCUUCUACUCUUGUGCAUUGAGUUUCCCUCUCUUCUGGGAAAGUUUUGAUCCUUGCAAUCCAGUUCUGCACAAAUAUAUUUUAACUGAAAUAAUAUAGAUUUAUUUUCAUAUAAAUCUGUUUAGAAACUAGACAUAAGUAAUCCAUAUUUUAAGUGUUGGCCAAGGAACAAUACAUUAAAAAAUAGAGCAUCCUGUGGCACUAGAAGGCUAACAAUUGUAUUACAGUAUAAGGUUUUGUGCAGCCGAACCACUUCAUCAAACGCAUGAAGUAUAAUCCUUCCUUGUUUGUCCGGCCCAUAAAAGCUUAUACCAUACUACAUUUGUUAGUGGUCAGGGUGUCAUAAGACUCAGUGUCUUGCGGUAAAAACAAACAUGGCCACCUUUAUGUAAUUAGAUAAUUAUAUAUUUAACAAAAAAAAGAGCUGGUAUUUGAAACAUGACUUUCCUGUGGCCUUUUUGCUUUGAAUCUGUUCUGAGGGCAACUCUGGAAAUUUCCGUUCACCCCCAUUCCUAAAUAUUUUGUGCUGGUGGCUCAGAAUUAAAGUACCGUAUUUCAUCUUUGUACAGAGCUGGUGCUUUAAAAUGUUAUUCUGUUUCCUUAAACGUUAUGAAUGCAUCCAAUUAUUUUGCAGAGCAAUCCUAUACAGUACUCAUUGUAUGUUAGAAGUGGAUAUACGCCACUGCUAUGCUAGCAGAAGAGCCACCAUAUCCAAGGUACGCUUAGCUGAGGGGGGGGGGACACAAGGAUGCCAUUAAAAUGUUGGACAUGCCAAUAGUGUGGCCUUUAUGUUCUUUGCAAUCAGCAUUUUGAAACACAGCACCAAAGGGGAGGAAGGAGACCCCACACAACACAGUACCCACAUAGCUUUGGCAGGGGACCUGCAGAGAGCACACAUAGCUCUUGCUCAAGAUCCACCCAGGGAGGGAAAUAUAUUUUUUACAAGCAGCCAAAGGGAGGGUUGGUGUAAAGUUGCAUUGUUAAAGGGGCUAUAGUUGAAGGGGCUAUAGUUGUGGAGUGAAUGGUUGCAUCCACACCAUACAUUUAAGGCACAUGCUCCCCCCCCCAAUCCUGGGAACGGUAGUUUGACUCUUACAGAGUUACAGUUCUCAGCAUCCUUAAUAAACUACUGUUUCAAGGAUUCUUUGGGGGAAGCCACGUGCUAUAAAUGUAUGGUGUGGACAUGACCAGGGACUAUAGGGUGCAGUGGUACCUCGGGUUACAUACGCUUCAGGUUACAUACGCUUCAGGUUACAGACUCUGCUAACCCAGAAAUAGUACCUCGGGUUAAGAACUUUGCUUCAGGAUGAGAACAGAAAUCGUGCUCCGGUGGUGUGGUAGCAGCGGGAUGCCCCAUUAGCUGAAGUGGUUCUUCAGGUUAAGAACAGUUUCAGGUUAAGAACGGACCUCCGGAACAAAUUAAGUUCUUAACUCGAAGGUACCACUGUAUAGCAUAAUUGUGCUUCUUCCCUGUGCCAUCCUUGCCCCACCCAUAAGUCCAUCCUAUUUACGUGUUCUGUCAGCAUAUCUGUCGUGGAUACUAUAGUUGACACCAGUCCUGUGGAUAUACGGUAACUGGCCCCUGCUUGUCCUGUGUAUAAAGAAUACCUUACAAUUUGUGCAGCCUGAGGAUGCAGACAGGCUCCUUGGAAAGGUGAGAGCCACCACUUGUGUAUGGAAUCCUUGCCCUCCAUUCCACCUAAAUCUUAGGAAAUUGUUUUGGUGCUAGACCAGUGUCUGGUGUCAGUGAUGGACUGGAUGAGGGUGAACAAAUUGAAACUUAAUCUAGACAAGACAGAACUUGUUCCUGGUUAGUUAAAAGGCACUUGUGCUGGAUAGGGAUUCAUCCCUCCUGCCCCCCCACCUGAAAACUUAGGUUUGCAGUUUGAGUAUACUGCUGGAUUCAUCCCUGAACCUAGAACACCCAGGUUUGGGCAGUGGCCAGGAGUGCACAAUUAAAUUAUUAUUUUUAUCUGUCAUUGUGGAAACAUAUCUAGUGUUCGGCAAACAUAGCUGGGAUGCUGCCAAAUUCUUUUGCAUCUCAGCUGGUAAAUCUUGAGCAUGACUGCACCCUGAAAUGUUUUUCCAGACCCAACUGAAAGGAUGUUUAUAUUGAAUCAAAAUUGAAGCACUGUAAUACAAUUAGAAUGCAUGAGAAUUAUUGAGAUUGGGAAUGAUGAAACUGCAAGGAUUCUUGCAUUUCUUAUUUUAAGAAGAAAGUUUCAUUUUACUGUAUUGAAAACUAAUAAAAUGUAUUUUUUUGGGAAGUAAGUUUCUACCUCAUUACAGUUGAGAAAGUAAUGGAAACAUGGGUGAGCAUAUACUUCAGUAAAAACCUGACAUGAUUAAAUAGAUUAAAAAAAAAAAAAACUUUUAAAAGCCAGUAAUAGCUUUAGGUGCUUUAGAUGCUUAACUAAUGGCAGCAUCCAAAUUCCGGUGUUUCUGUUCACUCCAUCUGGUUAGAGUGAAACAGCUGGGGUCCACUGUUUUUGGCAGCAGGUCUGCUCUUUUUGAUCAUGUCUUCCUUUCUCACACUGUUGUGUGUGAAUGGUUAGUUUUCACUGCAAAAAUUACAUCUUAAAAAACCCACAAUGUACACUCACACCUUUAUGGGUAUAUGUGCACAUAAGUAGCAAAGGGGCCUGAUGGGAAAGAUUUGUAAGCUGUAUAUAAUCAAAAUGAGAGGGGAAAGUCUUGAUAGGAGAAGGCAGUCUAAUGUUGUCAAGCUUCACAGAUAUAUAAUUAAAAGGUACCAAAAUAAGAUUAAUAUGGCUAGAUAAAGAGUCUCAAAAUUUUAGUGUAAUUCCAUGAGUUGUGGGAACUUCCUUGUUUUGUGGAUAAAUAAGUGAGGACAACAAAUUUAUAAAAGGAAAAUAUAGAUUAUAACCAUAGCAUUCAGGCAGGCAUUUACUGUGAUGUUAAAGGGCUUACUAUUUUUUUUCCCAACCAGUCAAUAUGCAAUAAAUUUAUCUUAUUUCAAGGUAGCAUUUUUUCAAAUCUUGAAAACACAGUAUCUUGUAUAGCAGAGAACACGAUACUGUUGUUUUUCUAUCUAACACAGCUAUUGCAAUGAAUCAUAGUAUCAUACAAUUGUAGAGUUGAAAUGAACCCUGAGGGUCAUCUAGUCCAACCCCCUGCUAUGCAGGAAUCACAACUAUAUCAUGUGGCCACUCGAAUAUCAUGGACAUCUAUUGGAUACACCCUCCCAUCAGUUGUCAAGGAAAUAAACAACUACCUGAGAGGCAGCCCUGUUUAGGGAAGUUUUUAAUGUUUGAUGUAUUUAUUGUGAUUUUAAUAUUCUAUUGGGAGCCGCCCAGAGUAGCUGGGGAAACCCAGCCAGAUGGGCGGGGUAUAAAUAAUAAUAAUAAUAAUAAUAAUAAUAAUAAUAAUAAUAAUAUUACCACUACUACUACUACUACUACUAUUAUUAUUGGUACAUGGAAGCAGAUUCUGUUAUCAGAUUCCAGAGCAGAAUUCUACAUGGAAUAGAAUUCAGUUGCAACUUCAGAUGCUUCCUGUGACAUGAAUGCUGCUGAAAAGCAGUCUAUUCAAGCUUCCUAAAAUGUAAUAAUGGAUUUACUUAUGGCAUUACAGAAUUAAAAGUACAGUAAUAUAAAAUGGCUAUGUGCCAAUUGUGCAAUGUGGUAAUAUGUAUUUUAAAAAGAUAUACCAGCAUACCUAGGGGCUCCUUCAGACUAGUGGUCUUCUGUAGGUGUAUUCUGCAACAUGCCAUUGAUGCAAUAAUAAUGCAUUAGUGUUGGGUUGUUUUUUUACUAAACCAUCCACAUUCUGGUCCUAAGAUGCAUAUGGCACUGGGUUUUUGCCACCUGUAGGGGCACUGUUGUGCCAUAGUGCAAUCAAAACAGGACCAAAAAACCCCCACACAGAAUAUUUGUGGUAUAAAAAGUUACGGAAAUUCAGCAGAAAGCUACGGGACACGCACUGACUGGAAGCAAAGUGGUAUGUCCACCCAAAAACUUCUGUAGGCAUAAAUGGUAUUGAAAAUGAGAUACGGUAAUUGCCUUGAUAUGAACCCAAAUCAUAAUGGAUGCAGAAUAAAAUGAUUUAAAAAUGAAAAUGAAAGACUCCAUAGAGGGCCCACAGGCUAAGACCUAUUGAACACAGAAAGCCUUACUGUGAACUCUCUUCUCUCUUCUCUCAGCACCCUCAGAGACAGACUAGGACUGCGUUUUAAUUGUACUGUUUGUGUGCUGUGCAGCUGUGUUGAAAGAUAUUCCAGAAAGCAAUACUAGUGGCUGCUUCAUACUUCUGCAGUUAUUUUCUUCGGAAGUUCCUUGUUUGGUGUAGUAUCAUCUUUCUGUUCAAACUAACUUUUCUUGGUAUGGGUUAAAUUGGUAGAUGGCUUGAGGUGUAGUAUUAUUUUAACGGUAUGUCUAUGUUUUUGUUUAAUAUACUAUUACAUGUCUUAAGCUUUUAGGAUACACAACAUUUGCAUUUGAAUCAAUAAAAAUAUAAAGCAUAAUUGGGGAAAAUGAUAUUGGUGAAAGUCUAAAGUAUACAAGCCCUUUGCUGUUGAUGCACAGGAGAACUUUGGAAGUGACUAGUUGCCUUAGAUUUCCCCCCAGAAAAAUAAAGAAAAUCUGCUUUCUAGCUAUCAUUUGGAUUUCAUCAACAGUAGGGAAACUGUUUUUAUAAAUAGCAUUAAAAAAAAACAUACGGUUGAGCUUCUAAGCAACAGUUCUUCAAGGCUUCAACUCUGAGAGUUGUUAUAAAUCCCUGAAAACAUGGUUAACAAAACAGUCAGAAAUCAAAUGGUAUUGCUGAAGAUAAAAAACGCUAUGUUAAAAAAAAGUGAAUUUUAAUGACAGGGUCUUAGGUGAGUCAUUAAGGGGUGCUGAGACUGUUGCAUUUACAGUUAGUAUUGAUAUAGGUCCUACUGGUCUACUUUGUUCCUUUUAUUAGAAGUGAUAGGUUAUUCGUAAUAUCACACAGCUCAGUGUGCAUAUAAAGCUGGAUCAAUAUAUUUUAAUAGGCUAUUGUUUAAUCUAUGCUUUAGUUUUCUAAGAGAGUUUAUUUGAAUCCACCAGCAGAUCAUGGAAUGCUUGUGAAUGGAUUGCUAGGUUGCCAGUGUUGGGAACAAGGCAGUAUAGAAGGAAUCAGAUGAGUUUCUUAUUGGGAAUCGUUUUAAAUACUAGAGGCCUGUAGCACAAGAUUUGGCUAAGAAGUUACAGUCAACACGUGUUAUCUGCAAUUUUGUUGUCUCCCAGCUCAUAGUCCCCCACCUUCUACCAUUUCAUAUGCAUAUUGAAGCCUCCACUGUUAAACUAACUCCUUUUUAGUGAGAGAUUUGUGAGUAGACAAAGAAUGCUCUGAGCAACAACGACAGGAAUUGUGAUUUCCUUUUCCACAGCAACUGAGCCUAUACAUAUAUUUACUUAAAAGUAAGUAUCAUUGACUUAAAUGAAAUUUAGUAAGACUAGGCUUCUUUGAAAUCAGUGAUAAUUGUUUCCUAGUAAAAAUGUAUAAACAUGAGUUAUAAGUAGGUAGGGUGUGUGUGUGUGACAUCUGGUGGCUACCCUGGGUACAGGGAAAAGCAGUGGUUCCUUUGCUCUGGAGAGGGGGAGUUAGGAUAGCUCCCUAAAUAAAUAACACUUUACUCAUAAUUUAUGUAUCUGCAUUAGAAUGGUAGCUAUAUUCACACCAUAUAGGCAGGGAUUCAGAGACCUUUGAAUACCCACACAGUGCUUUUGCAUAUGUGGCACUUUUGUGCAUUUGUUUAGGGUGGUUCUCCUAUUGUGCUGCUCUGAAGGAUCUCCCAGUAUUUCAGGGUAGCAUCUUUAGAGAAAUGUGGAAAAGUCCUCUGUGUGUACUGCAUAGUGUAUGUGGCAUUUUGUAUUUUUAUUUGCAUUGUUCUCGGCGGGACUUGCUUCUGCAUAAACAAACACACACUGUUGGCCCUCCUGGGUGAACUAGUGUUCCUAUUCACACCCUCAGUCUAAACUUGGCUCUGCAAUUUGCUUAGUUAUCAAAUUGUGAAUAUUUAUAACUUUGCAUGUUAACCGGUUAGAAUCAUUUGUUUGCCAUCUUAUGGGAAUACAACUAGUUCUGGAGAUUCAUUCAACAAAUACAGUAAAUGAUUUACCUGGCAAGCACGCAUACAAACAAAUCCAUGUUUUUCUCCACUUCUUUGAUACAUUGUUGGUCCUAGGAAUGAGAGGAAAAGUUCAGCAGUAUUGUAAUUAUAUUAAUUGGCCCAGUCAACAAAUGAAUAUAUUCAGCUGUUUCAGCUUCCCAAGACUGAAUGAAAAACAGAAAUACUGGAUUUUGAGAAGUUGUUUCUUGAUUCCACCCAUUCUCUUUUGUUCAGCAACAUGGAGCUUGUGGUUGCAAUCCUGUGUACGUUUAUUUCAAACCAAGCACCUCUGAACACAGCAGAACUUGCUGCUGAGCAUAGGAUUCUCCUGUAAGGAAUGCAGUUACAAUAGAAGAUAAUAAUGCUAAUGACUGUGGAGAUGAGAGGGAAGAUAAUGAUCUGGUUUCAACUUGAAUGAGAUCAGUCCGAUGUUGGUUUAAAAGUGGGGUUUCAGUACAAAUUGGAGAGGAAACAUUAUUAUAUGGCUUGAUUCUAUGCAUAUUUUCUUGGAGGUAAUUAUUACAGAAGAAAAUCUGACUUACUUCCACAAAAAUAUACAUAAGAUUGUAGUCAUAGAAUGUCAGAUCCUAAUUAAUGCAGAAACAUACAGUUCUAGGUCAAAUCAGUCUUUUAGUGUGUAAUAAAGAAUGCUAUCAGUAUGAUUAAUUGUUUUCAUAUGAAAUAAUCUCCCUCCUUGCCUGCCAUGUUACUUAAAUGAAUAACUGAUACACAAUCUCAUUGUUGCAUUCAUGUUGAGAAAUGUUGAUUAAAACAUAACUGGAUUGGUCCAUUAAAGCAACCCGAUAGUGUUUGUUUUGUAUUCCAGAGGUUUUUGAACAAUUGAUACUGCCACUUGGGGGAGCUAGGACAGUUUAAAAUUCCAAAUUGUUUCUGAAUCCCAUUAAGCUUGAUGAGAAAACAAGGAAAACUUAGGGGGGGGGAGCUAUGUAUUAUUAAUCCUUUGUAACAGUUUACAGCACCAAAUAUAAUGUUCAAACUUGUAAAAAUCUGGAAGUACAGAUUGCUGUUGGCUAAUUUUAUUUUAUGAAGGGGAAGCCCAGCUUCUGUAAAAAUCUUGUUCAGAGAAGAGAGCAAGCGGCAAGCAGGUAAACUCUGCAAUAUUGUUAUAAGAAUAGUGUAGACCAUUGUUAGGAAACGUUCCAAGAAUAGGGCGGGUAAAGCUUUCCUUCUCCCCCUAAAUUUCCAUAUCAUAAAUUAAAGUGUUUGCAAUAUACUGUACAGUGGAACCUCGGUUUUCGAACAUGAUCUAUUCCAGAAGUCCAUUUGACUUCUGAAACAUUUGAAAACCGAAAAUCAAAGGGCUGUCAGCAAAGUGAAUAGUGAAAAUGGAAAAAUGCACCAUGGAAGCUGUUCAACUUCCAAGGCGCGUUCGAAAACGGAAGCAUUCACUUCUGGGUUUUUGGCGUUCAGCUUCCAAAACAUUCGGCACCUGAGACGUUUGAAAACCGAAGUUGCACUGUAGUUAAUACUAUUGAAUAUACACAAUUAAUAUAUAUAAUUAAAUACAUGAUUAGUAGAUUUAAUAUAUUUAUUAAACAGAUCAGAGCCAUUCUUUUUUUGAAAAGAAUUGACCAGAAAGAUCUGAAAACAAUGAGGCUACUGGGCAGGAAAGAGAAGGGAGAGGGAGAAAGCAAGGGAGUUCUUAUUGUUAUUCUAUCUUUUGCACUCAUAAGCAGAAGGGCUGAAGUCUGGGAAAAUAUAAACUAUUCCCACCCUCUAUUCUUUUUGCAUGAAAUGCACAUCCUAACCUGCAGUUGUUGGAGUGGAUAUGGAAUUAUGGAAAGCUCAGAUUGCUAAAAUGCAAAUAAAAUGGUGUCAUCUAAUAAGGACAUCCUUAGGUGUUCAUUCAUAUAUCACAUUUCCAUGAAUUGAUCCAUGGGGCCAGAUCCCCAAAUCCUCCAUUCUCUGCAGGUCAACUUUGGUCAUAAUGACAUCAGGUGAUUGAACUUUUACAGAUGGCAAAGGGGAUUGCUGUAACUGCCUGUCAACUGAUGGGCUGCUAUGAUAACCACCUCUGAAGGGACGUUGCCAUCCCCAGGACCGGUUUGGGGAGUUCAUCUUCAACGGGGCUUGUACAUUAGCACAAAACAGUUUGCAUUAAAACUGCUUGCUAAAAUGGGGAGGGGAGCUUCAUAUUAGCAAGCAUUUUGCAUGUGGCCAUCAGGCAGUUGGUUUUCUCUGCUGCAGCUGCACCAUCCAAGUCAACAGAGUGAUUGACUAGGCCAUAUUACAAGCAACUUCAAGAGAACUGAAACAAGACCCUUCCUCUUCAAAGGUUCUGAACCCAGCACCCUGAUACCACAGCAUCUUUAGACCCAAUCCUCCAGAUGCCCCUGUCAUUCAUUUAAAAAAUCACAAUAUUUCUGUUUCCACCCUCUUUUAACUUUCCCUACUGUGCUGUAAUGCUAAAGGGCUCAUGUUUAGGCUGGCUGCCCAAGCACUUUUUGCUGUAUAGUAUAGCAAAGGAAGGAGUAUUUUGUAGAGUGGAAAAAGUAAUAUCAUUUUCUUUCCUCUCUCCUGCAGCUUCUUCACAGAGUGCAGGGAGAUGAAUUUUUAGCCUCAUAAAGCCCCUAAUCCUAAUCUCUCAACAUUCCGUAGGCUCUGGAAACCACUGAAAAUAGGUCGUUUUUGUGCCACUUCUAGGGGUUUUGAAUUUUCUUUUAGUUUACUCAUUUAUAUCCCCCCUCCCCACAUUUCUGAGUGGUCCUGUUUCACUGGCAAACUGAUAGGUACUGGACUACACAAGUACAGUAACUGGUCAAAUAAUAAUUCACACCUACCAAAAUAUUUUGAUCACAAAAUUGUAAGUCAGCCCGCUGUAUUCUUUAUGCACACUUAGUCAUGCCUUCAGAAUUGUGUAAGCCAGUCACCAAAGUCAUGUCUUGGUUCACCAUCUGAUUUCAAAAUGGCACCCAGUACCCAAUGGUCAAUGAAGAACCCAGUCUUGUGAACCCUCCUGAGUUUGGUGAUAUCUGCCAAAAAAUAGGUGAAGUCAUACCAUAAUGAUGUCUUAGUCCACCAUCUUGAUUCAAAGGGGCACCCAGUGUCCCAGUAGUGCCAGAAUGUGCUGCCCCCACCUCUGGGACCCUUGUACCAAGUUUGGCAAUAAUGUCUCAAGAUACGGCUGAUCUGAAUCAAAAAACAGGCAAAGUCAUACCAAUGUUAUAUUUUGGUCCUCUAUCUUGAUUCAAAAUCGCGGCCAGUGUCUCAACAUCAAUGAAAACUGCCAUCCCACCUUGAGAAUUCUCAUGCCAAAUUUGAUGACAAUAUCUUGAGAGCUGACAGUCUAUAGACAGACAGACAAUCCAUUUCCCAAGAUAUAUAAUAGAUCAUAUAUUAAGAGUGGAGGUUCCCCCUGAAACUGCCCUCCACCAGCUGUUUUUCUCAUGACGUGGAUGAUGGUAGCUAUAGUGUAACAACAUAUUGAGGUCCAUGGGUUAGCCAUCACUAUCUAGAGUUUAUGCAGAAAGCAGGAGGCUGAUGUUAUAGUGGUUUGGCUGUUCAUGUAGUACCUUCUAAUUGUGGUGUUUGUGGAUUCUGGUUGUGUGAUAGUUGCAGGGAAGGGGGGAAGAAUAUUUUGGCAUCCUCCUUACAGCAGAAACUGUCCCACUUGUGAGAGUGUAUACAAAAAGGGACGAUUUGUACUCCUGAAGCCAUCCAGCCAAUGACCUGAAUUCAAGCAUGAGCAGGAAGCAGUGGUGAUGGUCAGAAAGAUGUGUAAUAUUCCACCUACAUGCCCACCCUUAAAAUGCUUGCUUUGAGCAGACACUUCUGUGCAACUGCAGUCACCCCCAACUCUAAGAUGGAGAGAAAUGGGGUGGCUGUGGCAACAUUUGGAUCUGCAUCUCCCCACCAGCAGGAGCAACCCCCAAUUUACUUUUCCAGUGGGUGAACGGUCCUUUAUAGAAGCAUAUGAAAACCUCUAAUAAUGAAAAUGAUUGAUUGGCGAGACCCAAGUUUUAUUUCAAGACAAUCUGUCAUAACCCUAACAUCCAGAUUCUGCUAAUGGGUUUUGGCCUGUUGUUCUCCCUACCUCAUCAAUUUGUUGAGAAAAUUGUUUCCUGUUGGUUAUAAGCUGUAAAAAUUAGCUUCAUGCAGUUACAUAACUCAUUUAUAGAACUAUAGAAGGGGGCUGAUUGCUCAUUUGUUUUGUUCUCCCACUUUGUUACAGAUGAUCCCUAAACUUAAUAUGUCUGUAUAUUCUUUAAAUCAAUUUUGAAAACCUCUAUAAAGUCUGUGACCCAACAUCUGGAGGCUAGUCCACAUUUAAAGUGUAGUUAUAGACAAACAGCAUUAACUGAAAAUGAAAUAAUAUACUUGCUUUGUAUAUGUAUAAGGAACUUUGGAAAAAUUAAAAGCUGCCCUACUUGAGAAAGUAGUAUUUGAGAGAGUGUGAACAACUACCAUGUCUGAUUAUUAACCAGGACACACAAAUGCCAAAGUAUCAUAUGUUAUUGACCCAGAAAGAAUUCUGUACCAUUUAGAGUUCUCAUUUUUAACCCAGCUAAAGAAAAAUGCAUUUGGAAAAUGCUAAAGAGGAGAAUUCUGUCAUUUUCUUCUUGCAUAUCUGUUGUUUCACAAAUACAGGCAGCACAUUAGCACAAGUAACUGAAAAUAUUGGCUCUCAUUUAACAGUUUCCUCUCUCCAGAUUGAGAUGGCUGGUAAUCAGUAUACUGUAGCAAAACAAAGCACCCAUCUGUGCUAAUGUUCUUACAAUUCAGAAAAUAUGCAUUCAUGACUAAACAGAUUUUUGCAAGUCAGUCAUACAAAUUAUUGAGCCUUUUCUUUUUCUAGAAAAAGAAAUCCACCUAAGAAUGUUAUAUAUGCAACAGGAAGUCACAGACUUAGAAUAUUUUCUACAUUAUUCUAGAAUUUACUUUGAUAUUCAGCACCAAUAAUCCAAACAUGCUUAGGACCUAAUAUCAAACAGGUGAUGAGAAAGAGAAAAAAUAGGAGAAAGUGGUGCCAGAAAAAGAGAGAAGAAUGGCAUUAAGAACGAGAAAAGAAGUCGGCUCACCCAACCUUGGUUCUGGUUCCAAGACCCUCACCAGAAAAUAGUUUUUCCAGCCCUGUUGUAUACUUUGCCAAAUAAUAUAUUGUAUCUUAAAAAGCAGAGACAUCACCUUGCCAACAAAAGUCCGUAUAGUUAAAACUAUGGUUUUCCCAGUAGUGAUGUAUGGAAGUGAGAGCUGGACCAUAAAGAAGGCUGAUCACCGAAGAAUUGAUGCUUUUGAAUUAUGGUGCUAGAGGAGACUCUUGAGAGUCUCAUGGACUGCAAGAAGAUCAAACCUAUCAAUUCUGAAGGAAAUCAGCCCUGAGUGCCCACUGGAAGGACAGAUCGUGAAGCUGAGGCUCAAUACUUUGGCCACCUCAUGAGAAGAGAAGACUCCCUGGAAAAGACCCUGAUGCUGGGAAAAAUGGAGGGCACAAGGAGAAGGGAACGACAAGAGGACGAGAUGGUUGGAUAGUGUCUUCGAAGCUACCAGCAUGAAUUUGACCAAACUGCGGGAGGCAGUGGAAGACAGGAGUGCCUGGCGUGCUCUGGUCCAUGGGGUCACGAAGAGUCGGACACGACUAAACAGCAACAACAACACUUUCAAAAUACACCUACCACCCUGCCCCUGGCAUCUAAGAACCACGAUGGGUAGCCAUGAGAUGCAGAGUAUUCUUGGUGGUUAUAGUCCGAUUACAGAACUUUCUCCCCAUCUGAGAGCUUAGCUGAGUAUAGCGAUAAUAUAGGGACAUGCAAGUUUUUAAUUUUCAUACUGCACCAUCUGCUAACCUGCUGAACCCUUUCUACCAUUUGCAAUGAAGAAUUAAUCAAGUCUCCUUUCAUUAAGACAACCUGGGCAUACCUAACUUCCUGAUGUAUGAAUUUGUAGCAAAUAAACUCAUUCAUUAACUUUAACACUUGGCACUGUGUACACAUUUUGACAUGCAUGAAAAUUAUAUCUGUGCAAGAAAAUCUCAUAUGUGAGGCUGUCAUCAUAACUACUAUUGCUCAGAUACACUUGUUUCCAUAAAACCAUAUUUUAUUUUUGUAUUUGUAUUUUUGUAUAAGGCACUCUGGAUUCAUGCUGCCUCUGGAUUUAUACUGCAGGGGAACCAAAUGGGGUUUAAUCUAUUGACAUCCUGAGAUUUACCUAUUUGGAGAGCAUAAUCCUGGCUCUAACAAAGAUGCUUGCUAUUACAAAAUACACACCUUAAGCUUAUCUCACUGGAACAAGAAUAACAUUAAGUAAUAUUGUGCUCUUCAUGGCUGCCAUUAAUUUUUCCUGCAAGCUCAGCUGUCGUGUUCUGAAAAGAAAAAUCUUUAUUACUCUAUUACCACAUUAGUCAGUUAUUUUGAUACCUGACUCACUACCAAAGAAGGCACAUUGUGUUCUUCCUGGAACCACUUCAGAAUUAGAAACACACUAAAACAGCUCCAAACAUCAGUCCAAGGCAUUCAAAGCUCCUUAUAUUGAGUUUCUGGCCUUAAAUUUUUAACAUUUUAAAUUGUGAAAUCAGUUAAAAACAUUUGUGGUUGCAGUUCCCAAAUGUGUGUGUGUGUGUGUGUAUACGCGUGUGUGCACACACUUAAGUUUAUUGUUUUAAGUACGUUAUAGCAUUGAAGGGAUGCAGGUGGCACUGUGGGUUAAACCACAGAGCCUAGGGCUUGCCUAUCGGAAGGUCAGCAGUUCGAAUCCCCGCUACCGGGUGAGCUCCCAUUCCUCUGUCCCAGCUCCUGCCAACCUAGCAGUUUGAAAGCACGUCAAAGUGCAAGUAGAUAAAUAGGUACCACUCUGGCGGGAAGGUAGACGGCGUUUCCGUGCACUGCUCUAGUUCGCCAGAAGCGGCUUAGUCAUGCUGGCCACAUGACCCGGAAGCUGUACGCUAGCUCCCUUGGCCAAUAAAGCGAGAUGAGCACUGCAACUAAACACGACUGGACCUAAUGGUCAGGGGUCCCUUUACCUUUACUAGCAUUGUACUUUUUACAUUUUGAGGUGGCUUAUGAUCAGCAUUAAAAAAAAAUUUAAAUAGCUUCUUCUAAAAAACAGGUGUUAUUCAGAAUGUCAGGAAAUAUCUUGAAAAGAGUCACAGUUAAAUAAAGCUUUAACACAUCACCUUGUUGUCAAACAUUCACUGGUAAAGUACAGUGGAUUGUAAUGAGCCUCAGUCUAUAUAGAGGGAGUAUAAAUUUUAAAAAAAUAAAAAAUUCUGUACUCUUUCAAGCUUGUGUUAACUGUUGCUCAGAAACAAAUAUGACAGAGCUAAAGGACAGUUUAUAAUAAAUAUAGUUCUAUGUGCUGUCCAUUCUUUCAGAAUGCCUUUUAUUUCAGGUUGUAUGUAAUGCCUUUUGAACUGAUGAAUUUUCCUUCUGGCUAUAUUUUCAAAGGAAAGUUUCACAGUCAUAAUUACUUGAAUGUCUGCUCUGUGUAAAAUACUGCUUCCUAAUUCUGUGUCAUGCAUUUCCUGAUUACUUUGCUAGGAAACAGAUUUUAAAAACUUCAGGUUGUGUCCUACAGUCUUUAUAAAGUUGUGUCCCUAAGCUUACUAAAUCUUCUGUUAUAUCUAAUGAGGUAUCUACAGUAGGUUAGUUUGCUAUAUCUAUUCAUCUCCUAAACCUGCUUCAUCACCUUCCCACUAGCUUGGUUUAUGGAUGUCCAAAUCUAUGUCUGGACUGGCUAUAGAUUAGGGAUUCUAACAGCACUCCAAAACUAGGCAGCAGGGCUGCAGAAAACCUGAUCAAAGCCAACCAAUUAACACUUCUGUUCCACAGAUGAGGAACAUGGAGACUGAGAGAAAAGCCGUUGAUUUUAGGCUAUGGCAGACUAGGUGGUUUUUUUGCUUACUAUUCUUAUUAUACUGGGAGUCAAGAACUGUUCUGAUCUACCACAGAUCAUCCAUACAUCUACCAGUAGAUUCUGAUCUACCUUCUGCCUGUCUUCCUUGUAGGAGCUGUGUCCAGUUGAGUGUGUCCAGAGACAUAUACACUCUUAACCACACAUGUCUGUUGAAGAAUGCAAAUACUGUAUUUUAAGUUUGCAUGCUGAAGUUUGGUGGUGGUAGGGUGGAGAAGAAUGGAAACAGUCUGGUUUGGUGUAAUUCCAGUUGGUUGGCAAUUUUGGUACAAACUGUGCUGUUACCAUUAAACAGUGAGUAGUUCAGAGCAUAAGGUUUAGUUUUCUUAUUGAGAAGAGCUAGUCCUGAGGCAUAAUACUAACCCUCUGAUGUUGAUGGCUGAAGGGGUUAAUGUGUGUAGUCCUGAGACUGGUAGAGAAAAUCACUGCUGGGGAUGCUCUGCCACAGCAGAUACGAUGGUAUUGUCCAUGGUUGCACCACCAGUAGUAGCUAACAGCCUCAAAAUGGGGCAUGUUACGGCAGGCAUGGAGUGCUGGAGGCUUUCAAUCCAUGGGAUUCCCCAAGGGACCCAAUCCUUUGGCUACUCAGCUGUACCAGUCAGGUGAAAACCCACCGUCACCUUUUGUGCUGGCAGGCGUGGGCAGUAUGGGGUUAGAGCUACCACCUUGUUGUUCUUGGUUAGGAAUUUGGAUUGCUCUGCCUCUCUUAAGAAAUAUUAAGUGGUAUUUGACAAUACAUUGAAAAUUCAUUUGGUAUAGUGACACAGUAUGUGGUUAACUAAUAAGAAGACUAGGCCUACUUAUUGUGUUUAUUACAUUUUAGAUCCUGCCUUUCCUUCAAGGAGCUCAAGGUAGCAUACAUGGUUCACUCCCAUUUUGUCAUCACAGCAACCCUGUGAGGUAGGUUAGGCUGAGAGAGCAUAACUGGGCCAAAGUCACCCAUUGAACUUAAUGUGAGUGAGACACUAACCACUACAAUACACUGGCUCUAGAUUUGUUGUUUCUUGCUCUUUAACUUCUUCUCACAUAUUCCAUGUACAAUGCAGAAUAUCUAAAACACAGAUUAAUGAAUUUGAUUGAUUCAUGUGUGUUAUAAUCUCCUACUUCGUGAGUAUUUGCCUCUGAAUUAUUCUGUUAGAAUGUCCAGGGAUUCCAAUAAGGAGUUAAGUUUUAUUACUCUAUUCAUACUGGCUCAGCUUUUAUUAUUUACAAUGCUGACAUAAUAAAUACCAGUCUUUAAGGGUUUUUUUGAACCCAAGUAGGACAGGUUAUCAUUCUUCAUUCAUUGUUUGCAUCUGUGUGUGUUUCUAAAGGUUGUGUCUGUGAAAUGAGACCAUGACAACUGAUGAGGCUACAAAGAAGGAAGGAGAUGUCCAGAGAGCAACUCUUGUUGAACAAGGCGAGGAUAUCACACCAAACAAAGACAAAGGAGUUCUGAAGGUGAGGCUUUGAAGAAGCUAAUUAAAUGUUCCUUUCUAGCUCCUGGACAAACACCAGUAUCUUACUGUUCCCAUUACAGCAAGGCAGAGGUUCUUAUUCUGCUGUGAAAAUAUCCGCUUAACAUAAUACAACAAAACAAAAAUUCUCAGUGUGUGAUAAAUCCAUUGAAUGGUGUAAUUGGAGCAAAUAUAUAAGUGCUUUACAUUGAUUUUGCAAUUACCUCACCUAAUUUCAUUUCAUUUUAUUUUAUUUGUCACUUGACCCACUCCAAAGGCUUGUGAACAGAGGGGGAAAGAAAAUCACAAGAUGUUAAAAAUGUUUUUGAAAACCUUAUGUAAGGAACAGUAGAUUUGAAAGACCAGAUCAUAAAGGACUUCCAAAGCUUACCUCAAAGUCAAAAGAAACCUGGAGUCAAGGAGAAGGAAGACAGAUGAGGACCAACACCCAUCCCUCUUUCGGAGGCCUUGGGCAAUUAGAAAAUAGUCUUAUGAAAUGCCACUGAUGUAUCCCUCCCCACCACUGUAACAAUUAGUUAAUAAUAUUUGUCAGGUUCUGCCAGUUUUAAAACUCCAUCUCUAUUUUACCUUAUUCUUGGCUAUCAAAAACCAGUUGAAAAUCUUAAGAUACUCAGACUGAGUUUCCCAGAAAAUUAAGUUUGGGGACAGCUCUUGGAGGUCUAGAUUGGCACCUGAAUGGUAAAUGUAAAAGGAUGAGGAGGAGCUAGAUGAAUGGACAUAUUAAAUGUUACAACUAAAAGGCUUGUCCUUAAGGAAUCACAACCUACCUUACCUAGCCUGGAGUGGGUAAAGCUCUUUACCUCAUUCUGCUAUAUGUGGUAGACUAGGCAUCAUCAUAUGAUGAACAGAGAUUUGGGCCUGUAAUGAAACUCUUCUAGAUCUACUUUGUGUGGCCUUCUGUAAUGUGUGCCACUGUCCACUGCGAUUUUGUUUAUCUUUAUUGGCCCUCACAUGGCUGAUUGACCAAACAUAUAAUAACAGCUUUUGGUUGUAUGAAUCAACCCUGUAUUUCUGGGUUAGAAAACAAUGAAAACUAUUAGAUUGAGGUUCAUCAAAUACAACUGUGAAUGGAUCGAAAGUAGUAUAAUUUCUAGGAAGUGAUCCAUAUACAAUUCCUCAUUUGCAAUCUAGUGAUAGAUUUUCAGAUAUCCCUCAUUCCCCGUAUAUGGAUGUAGAGCGCAAAUAUACAAAUCAGUGUACUGAACUAACACGAAAGACCCUCUGGAAUAGAUUAGCCGAUGCACAUGAGCUCUUAUUUCUGAUAUCAAUUUCUUUUUUCAUAUCUUCAUUCUAGAUUGUGAAGAGGCCAGGGAAUAAUGAUGAGUCUCCCAUGAUUGGAGAUAAGGUUUAUGUCCACUACAAAGGAAAGCUGGCCAAUGGGAAAAAGUUUGAUUCCAGCCGUGACAGGAAUGAGCCAUUUAUCUUCAGCCUGGGCAAAGGUAAAGAAUGGAAAAGGUGGAGAAAGGUAAAGAGAGCCUUAGGGAUAUAAAAUGGGUUCUUGCCAAUUAAAUUACAGUUGGUUUAUAAUCCUGUUUUCAGAAAGACUGUGUGACUGAGAGCAAGCAGGGAAAGAGCUGAGUAUUGGAAGAUGUCUUCUUUUGCUAUUACUUUUCAAACCUAAUCACAGAGCAACAAAGGAAAAGAAUCUCGUUGUUCAACAUGCCAUCUCAAUGGCAGAAACCUGUGUGAUCAUAUGAAGCUGCCUUCAUUCUUCAUAUGAAGAGGCCAUUGGCAGCACCUCUCCUUAGUCUCAGGCAACAGUCUUCUUUGGCACCUGUUACCAGAAAGGGCACCUCUAAAUGUACUCAUCAGUCCUACUAUAGUUAAUCCAAAUAACUAGGAAUCUGUUUAGUGGCAGAAAGAAAAUAAUAUAUUAAAAGAGUGUAGUUACUACUCAUUAAAUUAUAACUCUAGGGCUCUAGAGCAGUGGUUCCCAAUUAGCUAAGUGGGCCCCUGUUUUUCAAAAGCCAAACUAUGGACCCCCUCACUUCUGAAAAAUUGAUAAUGUAUCUCUAUGGUAGUUUUUGUUAUGUGAAUGGUGCCACGGACCUCCUGGGUGGGUUACAUGGACCCCCUAGGAUCGGCAGACCACUGCUCUAGGACAAUCCUUUUUGAUCAUUAACAAAAUGUUCACUUUUGGUUUCCCUUUACUGUUCUCUGGACACAGUCGCCUUGAGAGUGUUGACAUCUUUCUAUUUCCUUUGAUUUGUCAGAAUGUAGUAAAACAAAGCAUGUGUUAAUCAGCACACAGCUGUUGUUAGUCUGUAGCAUCAAGAGCUUGUUAAGGAUUGUGGCAUCUUAAAAACUAACAUAGAAUCACAGAAUUGUAGAGUUGGGUGGUACCCCAAGGGUCAUCUAGUCCAACUCCCUGCAAUGCAGGAAACAGAUUUAUUAGGGCAAAUGUUUUCAUGAAGUAUCACUAAUAAUUCACAAACCCUUUAGAGUCUUAUGAUUAUUAUUUAGAGGUUUUAAACUCCCAAGUUUGUCUUCUAUACCUGAAUUCAAAGAAGAAUGAGCAUAUUAAUUGGCAGUUACUAUAAACUGGAAGAAAUGCCAAAAAAAAAUUAUUAGGGAUGGAGUUGCCCCCUGAGAGUGUGCUCUACUCCUCAGCUGCAGUGUGUACCACUGAGAGACAUUUUCUGUAAAUAUGCCCAGCUUUGUAGAAUCCUUGCCUAACUGGUAUAUGAAAUACUGAAGCUGAGAAUCUUUCAGCCGAAAUGAGACCAUUGCUUUCUGGCAAGCAUUUAAUGGUUUCAAAAAAGUAUUGGUUUGCUUUACUUGCCUCUUUGCUUUUGCUUUUAUAAGUUUUGUUAUGCUUUGGGAGUUCUUUGGAAUAAAUGGAUUACCAAAAAUUAAUAGCUACAGCUCCAUAGACCCAGCAAGCUGUUCUUAUGAUAUUUGUUCAUAUGGCCAUGUUUGAAAUUAACAUGUGCUCCAUCUUAAUUGCUUUCCAUUGGGAUAUGUUGAUUUUUCUUCUGUCCCCAGCCUUGCUCUAGUUCUUAAAUGAUAGGUGCCUUGGCCAGAGAUGGGAAACAUUGAGGCUUGGGAGCCAUAUAUACCCUUCCAGCCCUCUCUGGACUCUGCCCAGGUCACACCCCACCCCAGACCCUACUUUAUACUCUCCUUGAAAGUGUCCUUGAAAUCUGAUCAUGCUUCUUGCUUGCCUGAUUGGAAGAUAGAGAGGGGUGUGUAAGUGUGUGUAGAAACUAGCUUACCUUGCAAAGGUAAAAUUCUCAUUUGCUUUGGUCUUGCCCACUUUUGCCUCUGGCCCCACCUACCACUGCCAUGUGAACCCUGGAAAGUUGCCUAGAUGGCACCAUAGUCCAUGAGCUGAAAAAUCUUCUCCACCCAUGCUUUCAACCAUAAACUUUAAAUGUGGUUUAAAAGUGAACAUGCAGCCUGCUACUGCACAGUGUGAAAAUCACUGAAUCCAAGCUUGAUAAUCUCUUUCUCUCUCUCUCUGAACAAACCUUGAACCUGGGUUCAGACAUAAUGCUAAGCACUCAGCAGCCAUGGCAGGAGCAGAGAGGUGCAAAGCAGUCAGUUUUUGCACUGGGAAUCAGCAUGAUGUGUGCUCACCUUUAAAUCAUAACCAAGGUUAAAAGUGACAAGUGAAGGCUGCUAGUGCUAAAUGAUGGUUUAACAUUCCUUGUGUGAUAUUCUGGUUUGUUUUCAGAUAACAGUGUACGUAAACAAAAAUAAUCUGCAACUUACUUGAGCAACUAUCUGAUGCAGAAGCAAUAGAAACACACAGUUUAGUAUCAUGGAUUUUGCAUAACAGUUCAGUUAUUUGACUACUACACUGUACAUGUCUAAAUGACACAAAUUGUAAAUUUUUUUUAAAAAAAUGUGUCUGUGUCUUGCUUUGGCAAGCUUACUAACUGAAUUUUUUUAAUUGAAAUUUCUUGUUAUUAGGCCAGGUCAUUAAGGCAUGGGAUAUUGGGGUUGCCACCAUGAAAAGGGGGGAGAUCUGCCACUUGUUGUGUAAACCAGAAUAUGCAUAUGGUUCUGCUGGCAGUGUCCCAAAGAUCCCCUCAAAUGCAACGCUCUUCUUUGAGGUAAGUGUAUCUUUAUUUGCUUAUUUUAUUUUGACUAAGUACAUUGUUACCUAAUGAGUGUAAUUUGCCAGUAAUAGCAGAUGUGCAGCACAAUGUUUUAUGGGCAGAAGUGAAGCAAACUAGCAAUGAUCAUGAAUCCAUCCACUAAACUCCACAGUUUUGGGAGAGGCCCUGAGUUAACUAGAUAGGAUAUUGUCAUGGGAAUCUUCCUGUAAAGGCUAAAAUGCAGUUGGGGACCACUUUGAUUGGUAGCCCAGGAAAAAUACGUAUACUGUUUUUGGAUCUAAAUAAAGUGGGGUGCCACUGUUAAUUCUGAUAACACUAAUCAUCAGCCCAUUGAAGGUGAAACUACAUUCAGGCAACUCUUCACCUCUUUCCCAGUAAUCUCUCUGCCUCCCUAUUCCUGCCCACCAGAAUUGGAAGAGUUGGCAAGAAUGCAGACAGAGGGGCUAUAGCACACAUUAUGUGGAAACAUGUUGAACCCCAAUAUCAACCAACCUACCUGUAUUUGUUCUUUCAAAGAAAAACAGCUUCCAAGGGACACCGUUGAUUCGUAAAACAAAAGGGAAGGGUGCUUAAUUAUUUUGGUGCUUGCUGUUUCUCUAUUGAGCCCAGACAUUUUGGACCCCAUGGGGAGAAAAGCUGUUUAGAAGAGAAUUUUAAGCUAUGAUUUGGGGGACAAGAAUUGUGUCCUCUUUUUGCCUACUCAGAAUCGUCCCCUCCAAAAUGGUGUGUGUGUAUUUUUGAAGUUAAUAUUGUGGCCCUAUUAGCUUUUUUGUGUGAUAUAUAGCUAGCCCCAAAGCUUAGGGCUUCUGCAAACAUUUUAUGGCACAAUGCAAGCAUUUUCACUCUUCUACCCUCUAACUACCCUACUCUUACUGCAGUAAUGCUUGCUGUUGAAAUGUAACAGAGGGGAGAACCUUGCUGACUGGGGAAAAUCCUAUGCUGCCACUGUUUUAUAAUGGGAUAUGCAAUUUGGAGAGUGAGUAGGCAUAGGCUUCAAAUGUUGGAAAAUCAGCUUGGGGUAGAAAAUGCAGAUUUGGGGGAGAGUAUUUGUUAUCCAAUUUUGUAACUCUUCAAAAUUUUGUGGACAUCAUGCUGGAAUGGGAGGAGUUGUGAUUCAUGAAUAAAUUCAUUAGCAUUGUGCAGCAGGGGCACAUUAAGGCUCUGCAGGCUGUGGCAGAAGGUGAACAGAGGUAGACAUUCUGGGUCAGCCUGACUCUCUGUUCUUAACAUAUGCGGUAAUGACAAAGACUGGGUAAGCACUGAGUACUUUUUACUUUUUUUUUUUAAAUGAUAUUUAUUAAGAAUUUUAAAAUUACAAAAAGAAAAACAAAAAAGAAAAAGAGAGAGAAAAAAACAAAAGAAAAACAAACCACAAUCGAACAAUACAAAUUGAUAAAAGUCAAAAUCAAAAAAUAACACGACACAAUUAAAAAACAAAAAUAUGCCACAAACAUUUAAAAACAAAUCCAAUAUUCUCAAAUCCUUAACUGUCAUUACCUUCUUUCUUUGACCUCCUCACUCCUCCCUUUUUUUGUAUCCUAGUUAUUAAUUGUCACAGCAAAUCCUUUCCAUAUUUCAUAAUAUUCUGUCAUUACAUUACCUUAAUCUAUUUUAAUCUUAUCUAACUAUAAAAGACCUUAAAACUUAAAACUUAAAUCUUAUUUAUACCAAUUUCUCCUAACCAUAAUAUUCUUACAUAAUUCUUUAAACAUUUUUGCUAAAGCCAAAUAAUUUCAUUCCAACAUUUUUCUAACGUUCAUCAAUUUUAUAAAACAAUCCUAAUAAUUUUUUUUUUCUUCCAAUCUUCAUCCAGCAUCUCUUCCUCCUGGUCCCGGGUUUUGUCAGUCCUUUCUAUCCCAUCGAUCUAGUGCAUUAACCUGGUAAUCUUAUGUCUGAGGCCCUUAAGUCCCUUCCAUGUCCCAUCCGCAGUUCUUCUUCAUAUUUAUACCUGUACUUUACUUUGUCUCCUGCUCCUUUCACUCGUGGGAACUCCAACUUAACAGUGUUUAUGACCCUUCUCGACAAAUCAGCCCCUUUUCCACAGUCCAUACUAAACUCCAUGUGGUAUUUUAAAACAUGUUUCAAAGUCCCUCCAAAAUUAAGAGCCCCCACAACCCCAAACAUCUCACGGCCCAUUGCCAGACUUGAAAAGUCCAAACAUCCCUGCAUAGGGGGGGUCUAUCCAACCCCCCCAUUUCCAAACCAAACCAAACUUUAUCUUUCCAAAUCUGGCUUUUUCCAAGUUCAUUUGUCAAAUCCAAUAAUUCAUGUUCCUGCUGGGCCACAGCUCCCUCCAUCUCUGGCACCCAAGAUUCAACAGCAUCCUCUUCCCUCAUCUGUUCUGUCAGAGCACACUCCUGAUUUGAUUCCUGGGUGGGCUCUAUAUAGUUUCCCACUACCUGUCCAAAAUUUCUGAUCGCAACAGUCAUCAAGUCCGUCUUCUCAUGUAGCUGUUCCAGUAGGGCACUUGUUUUACAGAAAGCACGCAGCAGAGCUUCUGAGUACAUUGUUCUGCAAGGUCAGAUGUCUAUUCCCACGAUCGUAAUCUAUUGCAGCUGCAAGCUCCCCGGUUCAGAAUUGGUAACAGUUUCACAGGUUCCCUCUAGGGGAAGAGCUUCUAUUUGAUCUUUCCUUUUUAAGGCAGAUCUAACAACAAAGUUUCCUUUUUCAGAUAUUUUGUCAAUAUUUGUUCCUUUAAAAUGCGAAGGGGAACAAUGGAAUCACUAUGUUUCUCUUCUUUUAACUAUCUGUCAAAGACGUUUGUCUCUGGUCAAUGAGCUUCCCAAAGAACGUCAGUCCUGACACCCUGCUCCAGGAUCAAGACUGUGGAAAGUUACUUUGUGUUACACUCUCUUCUGCAGGUUUAAACAGUCCGGAAAAAAUCCCCCCUCUUCUCCUGCUUCCGAAGGGGGUUUAACAAUUUUAAAUGAUGAAAGUUAAUCCUUUACAGGCAAUUUUCUGAACUCUAGUUUGCCAUGUCUUUGCUUUAAUCUAUCUACAAGAAAUGGAAGGCUGACUUCCUGUUUAGACCUUCCCGUUUCAGUGCCAAAUUGAGGUAAAUUUCUUAGUCCAAUUUUCCUUUCUACUCGCAAAUCAUUAUUUGAAGUCCAAUUGUCCGAAAUUUAAGUACUCACAGGUAAUUGUUUUAAAAGCCAAAUUGUCCCAGGAAAAAGGCAGCGCUCUCCGGCAAUGGCUGUGCGGCUUCGCUCCACGGAAGAAGCAGUUGACUCUCAGCACCGCGCCACUUCCCCCUCUUCACUCUGGAGCCCGUUAGUGGGUUCCUUUGCGGGUUGGGGGGGCGCUAAAGGUGCCUGCCGAGUCCCAUGGUCACAGGCUUCAUCCGCCUGUGAUAGUACUUUUUACUUUUUAGCCAGUGCUGGCUUGCCACUGUUCUCCACCUCAUAGGAACUUACUUUCCAAGAAGGAACCAUCCUUCACUGCUUUCCCCAGCUCCUUCUUUCUUUCCAGAAUACUAAUAAUAAUACAGUGGUACCUCAGGUUAAGAACUUAAUUCAUUCUGGAGGUCCGUACUUAACCUGAAACUGUUCUUAACCUGAGGUACCACUUUAGCUAAUGGGGCCUCCCGCUGCCACUGCGCCGCCGGAGCACAAUUUCUGUUCUCAUCCUGAAGCAAAGUUCUUAACCCGAGGGUUAGCGGAGUCUGUAACCUGAAUUGUCUAUAACCUGAAGUGUCUGUAACCUGAGGUACCACUGUAAUUACUUUUCAAAUACAUGUGAUAAAGAUUCCUGAAAAAAGUGAACCCCACACAACUGUUUCCAAAAACCGUUUCCAUUUCUCUGUAUUUUGAAGCCAGAAAGUUGCAUAGUAGCAAAGACAGAAAGCAGACAUAUGGGGGUUCAGCUUGCCCACAGCAGGAGUCCUUGCCCCCACUCCUCCACAGCAUUUGCCUUCCAAUAAUUAUUUCCAAAUUAACAUAUAUAUCCAUAUAAAUGAACAUAUGCAACAUUUUUGCCAAUUGGCACCCUCUUGGUUUGCGCCCUGGAUAUUUGAGCACCUAGCAACCCUCCAGGGGGAGCAUCACAGUGAUUUGCUCAUAUGCCUGCUGUGCCUGCAAGCUCUUAGUCACCUCAGAGUCAUUGGAAUACAGCCAUACCUCGGGUUGCAAACGCUGCGGGUUGCGUGUUUUCGGGUUACGGACGCGCCGAACCCAGAAGUACUGGAACGGGUUACUUCUGGGUUUCGGCGCUCGCAAAUGUGCAGAAGCACUAAAUCACGCUUUGCACAUGCGCAGAAGUGCCGAAUGACGUCACAUGCAUGCGCAGACACGGCGCUGCGGGUUGCAAACGUGCCUCCCAUACAGAUCACUUUCGCAACCCGAGGUCCCACUGUAUAUGCAAACAAAACAUCAAAACUGUGUCUUAGAAUUCUGUAUAGAAUGCAGUGUAGUAGACAGAUUGCACCCUAAAUCUGGGGAAAAGUUGUUUCCAGAUUUCUACAAUUUAUAACUUUUUCUAGUGAGGCCUUAUGCAAAUAAGGUAGCAUUUGCUAUAUUGUGGGACUUCACUAGCUUGCUUCUCUUUCUCAUUGUUUUGUCAAACUCUUUGUAGAUUGGGCAUAUUUUGAUCCCCACUCGUUGGUUCUAAGAGCCGUAGUGCAGGGCUGGAUUCACAUGAGAACUCUGCUUGCAGUUGAUGCUUUUUUGUUGCUUAUGGUAAAUCUGUGUGAUAAGGAGAUGGCUAUCCAUGAGAAAUAUGGGAGCAGAUGCUACGAAUGGAGUGAAUAAUCCAUGUAGCCCUUUUGUCAUGUGUGGGGUGGUAGUGGAAGCAGCUGACUAGAAGGGUAGCCCAUGUGAGUUAGCCCAUAGAUCCAGUGUUUGUGUGUGUUCCAACCCUUGUGGAUUAUCACAUAUUUGAAGUUUGGUCUUAUUGUUGUUACCAUUAUUUUCAGAUUGAGCUGCUAGAUUUCAAGGGAGAGGAUUUAUUUGAGAAUGGAGGCAUCAUCCGCAGAAUCAAACAGAAAGGUGAAGGAUACUCCAAUCCCAACGAAGGAGCUGCUGUACAAAGUGAGUGUUGGUGUUCAUGUCAGUUGUUUGCAGCAUUUGAAAUCUAGGGGUACUUUGCUAUCUCUGUUCAUUACCAGCUCUUAUUCAUAGAGACAGAAAUAUGUGAACCAACUGCCCUGGCAAACAUCAGCUCCAAAACCUGUCCUUCCAACCUAAUAAUAAUAAUAGUAAUAAUAAUAAUAAUACUUAGCUUUGUUUAGAGGAUUCAAGUGUAAUGUUUACAACAACCCUGUAAGGAAAAUCAGUAUUAUUAUUCCACUAUACUGCAGAUGAGCUGAGGCUGAGAGAGAGUAGCUUGUCAAAGGAGGCCUAGUGAAUCAAACAGAGAUUUUCUGAUUUCACUGCUCAGUUGCUUAGCCACUGUGCUGAACCACCUUUCAACCAUUAGUUUUUACUCCUGAUCUCAUGUGCCCAGAUUCGAACAGCUACAUUUCCCCAUGUCACCCUAUUUUCUAAUAUCUUCUUCUCAAUUUUGCCUAUUCCUUUUUUACCCUCCAUCAGGUACAUUCUUGAAACCUGACUCUUUUCAUCUUUCUCAGCUUUGUUAUCAGCUUGAAGUAGCCACUUACUUCAUGGGGUUCAUCCCCUGAUUCUUCAGAAUUCCAUGUUUCUUCUGUUCUUGUCACAGCUGAAAUUCAGUACAGAUCAGAAUGUGCACCUGCUUGCUGAUGACCACGUAAUGUUUCUUUUAAGGCUUUCACCUCUUUAACAAAGACCCAUCUAGCACUUUAAGCACUUUCAGUUACUUUCAUCUGCCGGGGAACUGGCAGCUUCAGACAAUUUGAUUAACUCCAUAGUUUUGCACACCCCAUAUUCUUGCAGGCUUUGAUGAACAUCUAAUCUACAAAAUAUAUGUUCCACAUGAAGCUUCAUUUUCUCUCAGUUUACAAAAGCAAUGGGGGUGUUGUUGUUUGAGAACUGUUCUUGUUUGAAAAGCUGAGUAUUAACACUCAAUAGGCUUUGAAAAACAGUUGUGUUUUUGUUUUAGAAUCUGUAACAAAGACCUUUCCUCUUCUGCUAUCCAGUUCCUGGUUUCAGUUUAGAACACACUGAUUCUUUUUUCUUGGUAAAUCCAACUGAAUAAGCACCAGGACUACUGGGUUCUGAGGGUGUAGCCCAGGGGUAGGGAACCUGUGGCCCAUCAGAUGUUGCUGAACUACGGAACUUGUCAUCCCUAAUGACUGGCCAUGCUAGCUGGGAGUAAUGGAGUCCAACAACAUCUGAAGAGCCACAGGUUCCUCACCCAUGGCUUAAUGGAAAAUAUUAUAAAGCGAGGGCAGUUAGCUGCUGAGGGAAGGGUUUGCUGGUAGGUCACCUGAGUUCUGAGUCAUAGUAAUCCUUUUUCUGUCAUAAGGACCCCUGUGGUAAUGACUGCAAACCAUCCUUAAAUUCUACAGCUGUAAAUUUUUGGCUGCAGGAUUUCUAACUGAUAAACAGAAGAAAACUGGAAGGUGUAAAAACGGAUAAUCCAGGCUUUAGUGUCCUCAUUUACAGUGUUCAGAUCUUGAAGUUCAGUAGUAGGGCACAUGCUAGGCAAGCAGAAAGCCUCAUGUUCAGUCCCUGGUAUCUGCAGGUAGGGCCCUAGCCCUUCCUGAAACCUCCAAGGUUUCAGGUCCUUCCUGAAACCUUGGAGAGCGGCUAUCAAUCAUUGUCAGCGGCACAGAACUAUAUAAACCAGCAGUCUUACCUGGAAUAAGACAGCUUGCUGUUCUGGAUGCAUUGUAAUGAUAGUGCUUUGGGACACACCAUACAGCAUCCUUUAUCAAUCUCAAAACCAUGCUUUGUAUAUGAUUAUGAUUGCAAUCUCACAUAGGUUUUUCUUCUGAACUCAUUAUGUAAGGCAUGUAGUGGCAGGCACAUUUGUGAUAGGUAUCUAAAACCAGGUAGCAUAUUGUCAGUUUUAUGUUGCCUCUGAAUCUUUUCUAUCCUUUGGGAAUAAGGCUACCUAUUCUUCCUCCCUCCCCACUUGGCUAAAUCCCGGAUGAUUGAGGUUUACAGGAAAUAGCUGUUGAAGUCUGUGGUUUAUUUCAAGUUUAAAAACAUGUCCAAAGGGGUUGUUGCAGGAACAGUAGGGUAGUUUAGUGGAGUCUUCCAAGAAGCUUCUUUCUAGCAAGCUGGAAGUUCCCAAGGGCUCUCCCUCCCUUCCUCUUGGUUGGAACAUUUGUGCCAGACCACAACUCCCACAUGAGAAAAACAAACCAACGAAACUUCAUUGGUAAGCUGCAGACACCUUUUUUUAAGGUUGCUUUUUGUAUACUAAUGAAGUACAUUUUACAGUUUAUUAUGCAACAAGUAAUUUAUCUGCCUAAGUAAUACUUGCUUGUUGACAUGGAAUAAGAAAAGUUUUUGUAGUAUGAUCUGACGUGUGUACUCAAGUCCCACUGAGUUAGAUUAGACUUCCUUGCAAUAAAGUAUGCCUACAGCAAAAGGCUUUUCAAUUAGGAUUUCAACUCCCAAUGAGAAUUCUGAGUAGUCAUGUUCAGAACUGAAUUGUAAAUUUAUUAACAAUUUGUUCUUUUCCUGAUUAGUUUAUUAAUUCAGAAGUGUUUUCAGUAUCUUAUAGAUUUAGUUGUGUGGUUCACGAAAAUAACAUGACUCUUAAACUAAAGCAGAGAUAUUAAUUUAAUGAUUAAGUUUAUUCCCUUUGAACAGCUGCUUUGUGAGAAUCAUGGAAAUAAAGCCAUCUGCAGCAGUCUUCAGAAUACAUGAAGUGUAACCCAGGGGAAAUUGGGCACAUUAAGAGACAGUGAUACCAAGUGCCCACCUUCCUGCCCCCAGUUGGUCCCCAUAUUGUCAGUAAAGCAGAAGUAGAGAUGGGAUGUUUUGAAGAAACUAAAUUUAUGUUUGCUACCUCUGUUUCUUGUUCCAGUAGAUAAAUGCCUCUGGAUUGAGAGCCGCAUUUCAGACUCAUUGUCAGCUACUGUGAAGUGGAAAUGUGCUGAUAAUUUGACUUGAAUAGAGCAGGUUGGCAGAAAACCAGAAGAGUAGUUAUGAUUGCAUUUAGAAGCCAAGCAGGUGGUAAAACCUCGGCAACUGUGCUUUAACUGAUAGUGUUUCUGCUCAGUUUUAGUAAAACCCAAUAUUAACUUGGGAGCUGAUACAAAGAUUCCUGGCAAUUAUAUUACUGCUAUAAUUAGAAUGGGAGGAAAUAUGCAUGGAGCAGAACUGAAGUCUUUGAGCUGGAUUUUUGUAGACAGUGUUAUUAGCUUGACUGAUGGGGCAUAAUUCACAUCUCUGCUUCCUAAAACACAGGCUGCAGUUGAAUAUUUGCAUUCCAAGUUGUGUUACAGCUCCUCUGCUGUUUUAAUCAGAGUACAAAUUGCUGUCAGUGCACAGAGUUCAUGUGCCAGCCACAUUCAGAACACAGUGUUCUGUGCUCUUCAAAACAAAAUUGCUCUAGGCACUGAGAGAACAAUAAGUUAGCUCAGCAGCUGAAGUGAUGUUCCCUGGUCUGGCUAGAGUUUCUGACUGUGUAAUCCAAGUGUAAUUCUAUCCAAAUGAUCUGCUUUAGGCAGCACUUAAGUAACUUUGAUAAUCAAGUUGUGGAGUUUUUCUGAUAUCAUGUUUAUACAAUUCAUAUGAAAUCACUUCCUCUAAUAGUGAAUGGGGGUUGUCCAAAGUGCCUAUCAACUUGGAAGCAAAAGAAAAGCACCCCAAAAUAAGGGACAUGUUUCUGUACAGUUAGGGGGUUUCCUGGGUAUGCAAAAGUAUAAAAGUUUGCAAAUCUAAACCCUCCAAAAAUGGCUUAGUGAGGACUUUCAAGGACUGAGGACAUAGAGAUAGCAAAGUUCACACUGAAUGAAUCCCAAAUACAGGAACUCAGGUUUUUUGGUGCUACUUUUUUCGCAGUGUAUGAUUGAGAGCAACUGAGAGAAAGAAUAUUAGUACAGUAUGUCAGUUGGGGAUAAUGGGGGUGGGAGGAGUUGAGGACAGGUUGAGAGCCGUUGAGACAUAGACCACGAUCAGGAACAUUGAUCUCAGUGCAAUAAAUCAUGAUUUAUUUGGGCGAAAAUGAGCUGUGUGCCAUGUGUUCCCUCUUUACUCUUUCCCUUGUGCACCCAGCUUUCACAAAUAUUUCUUCCAUUUCUUAAACUGAAAUGAUUUCCUGUGUCAUCAGCUGGGUAAUGGUAGUUUAACAAACUCUGGAAGGAGCUUAUUUGGCUGAAGAUUGUUACUUUUGAACCCAGCCACAGAUUUGACGAUGUUGGUUGAAAAACAAAGGGAAACCUAGGAGGAGUUGAUUACAUGGCUCUUUUCCACCCAAUCACAUCACCCAUCUAAACUGAGCAUCAGUUUGAGGAGGCCAAAGACUCCCAUGUUGCUGGUGUAAUUGGAAUCCUUCCAAACACUCCCCAGUGACUUACCAUAGGGAGCAUACUUACACACUGCUGGGCAAUAUACUAUAUGUGAAAGAAUAAUAAAAGAAGUCCUUAAUCUCCAGAAAUGCUCUUUUAUAAUGUUUUCGUAUUUAUAAAUCACUGGCAUUUUAUAAUUAUAUAAUAUUAUAUAUCUCAGUUAUAUAUUAUACUAUAGUGUAUCAUAUGUUUAUUAUAUUAUUUUGGCUCAGUGACAGAACACAUGUUUUACAUGUGAAAGUUUCAGUGUUGGCAUCCCCAGGAUAGGGACAGGUGCAUAUAGAGUUUGUCUGAGGCAGCUUAGCCUUCUGAAAUCUUGGGCAAGUGUACCUAGCUGCCCCCUACCCUCUGCAUGCGCCUGAGUAGGGCUGCAUUGAAUUGCAGAGGGUUGGACUAGAUGACCCUUUGGAUCCCUUCCAACUCCACAAUUCUAUGAUUCUAUGGCUGGGAAAGACUCCUGUCUGAAACCCCAGAGAGCUAUUGCCAGUCACCGUGGGUAAUUGCUUCAAGAGCUAGGUAUAUUUAGCAGAAAGCAGGACAGAACUGAAGAGAUUGCUACAUAGGGAGAAAGUGAGGGAUAUACUUCUGUGCAUGUCACUAAGUGAAGUUCACCCUUCAGAAAUACCUAAUAUGAUUUGUCUUUGUUCAUGUUAAUGAAGCUUAUGAUGGAUGGUUGCAAUACUGUUGCAACCCUGUUGCAAAUUAUGCCCUGCUGAGUUCUGGCAUCUAGUUAUGUUUUUGUUUCUGCAUGGUGUUCAUGCUUGAUGAUAAGCAGACAUCUAGAAAUCUUGAUGUUUGCUUUCUAUGCAAAUGGUGGUCAAGGGAGAGGAUUGUUCUGGUUUCUUUUUGUUAUUAUUUACAUGAGAAACUUAUUUUUUGGUUGAACAUACAGUUUGGCUUAGGGGUGAGAAGACCAUAGGUUUAGAAGCAUUAGGCAAAGAGGUGGAAGUGUGCCAGGAUUGAAAUUGUUUCUUCACAGCCUGUGUUCUUUGAUUUGCUGCUCUCCAGUAGAAACCUGAGUAGAUAGUACAGUUCCUGUAGCCCUGUGUGUGAUGAAUGACUAACCAUCUACAACUUAAUGAAAUAUUGCUCUAAAUUCAGAGACUGGCCUGCUGUUCACAGGGCUGGUUUUCCAGCUAUUAUGAAUGUUCUGGAAAGAGGCACUAACAGUGCUGAUCUCUCAGCUGCCUGCCCUCCACCUUAUUCAGUGCACCAAGUACAAUGUGAGCAUUCCAUUCCAAGUACAGUUGAAAGGAUGAACCUUGUUGUUCCUUGCGUUUUGGAGAAACUUCAGAGAUCUCUAGCUAUCAGAAACACAUAGCUAUGUGAACUCUGACAAUCAGCUGAUUCACAGGGCUUUCAUAGGUCCAUGCAUGAGACUUUACAGAUGCCACCAAUAAGCUCAUGGUGGUGCCUGCAAACCUUCUUUAAUUCAGCCAUGUCUUUACCUGCCAUCUUAUAUGGCAUCUAGGGAUAGGUUAUCUCUGUUUCCCAUUUUUCCAAUCUUACAUUCAGUUCUCCAGGUUUCUGUAAUUAUAUUUUGAGAUCAGCAGUUUCCUCUUUUAGGAAGAAUAAAAGUUGGUAUCUAGUGCAGCUUAGGUAAUAAUGUGAGUCUUCCAUUCAAACUUUACCUAAACUAACUAACUUUACCUAAACUAACUAAAUGGCUUUAGGAAAGCUGCUAUCUCUAUAACUGCUAUUAUGAAAACUGGGCUGAGCUUCUGAAGCACUAACAUAUUUACAGUGGUGCCCCGCAAGACGAAUGCCUCGCAAGACGGAAAACUCGCUAGACGAAAGGGUUUUCCGUUUUUUGAGCUGCUUCGCAAGACGAAUUUCCCUAUGGGCUUGCUUCGCAAGACGAAAACGUCUUGCAAGUUUGUUUCCUUUUUCUUAACACCGUUAAUACAGUUGCGACUUGACUUCGAGGAGCAACUCAUAGAACGCAGUGUACAUAGUAGCCUUUUUGAGGUUUUUAAAGACUUUGGUGAUUUUUGAAGCUUUUCCAAAACUUCUUUUGCAGCCAUUUGGUAAGUUAAGCUUUUAAAACUUUUUGGGGGGUUUGGAUUUUGGGUUGGGGUGUUUGGAAUUCAAGGACUUGGUGUUGGGGAGGGGUUUGCAAGAAUCUGGAAGCUUGUGUGUUUUUUUCUGCAUUUUUACGAUUUUCUGUGACCAUUGGGCCACUCUGCUGUUUUUUUAAAAAAUUUCUGGAUUUGAAUUUCUGUGUGCUGGGUGGCUGGGGGAACAGUUGGGGAGGGGUUUGCAAGAAUCUGGAAGCUUGUGUGUUUUUUUCUGCAUUUUUACGAUUUUCUGUGACCAUUGGGCCACUCUGCUGUUUUUUUAAAAAAAUUCUGGGUUUGAAUUUUGAAAUGCUCUUUACAGUAUGUGUGACUUUAAAGAGCACUUAAUAAACUCUUGUUGUACCAAAUUUGGCUUUGUUUGGACUUUUUUUGACCAUAGGAACGCAUUAAUUGAUUUUCAAUGUAUUCCUAUGGGAUUUCGUGCUUCGCAAGACAAAAAAUUCGCUAGACGAAAAAAUUCGCGGAACGAAUUAAUUUCGUCUUGCGAGGCACCACUGUAUGUGUAAGCAUAGGCGAUCAUACCCAUAUGUAGGUAACUUAUACCAAUAACUAUUGGACAAAAAUUAUGGAGGGAAGUGUUGUUCUGCAGCCCAUAUACAAGCAAAAGUGUCAUUGACUUGUUAGAGAACUUUGACUUCAGUAUGAUUUUGAAAAUGACUUAUUUGAACAGAAUUCCAGUGAAACAGCCCUGUGAGAAAAGGGAAACAUGUUCAGGAAAAUUCAGUUUCAUUGAUUUUCUCAUUUUCUUUUUUGGUGGGGUUGCAGGAGCAGGAGGGAGAAGCAGGAUGAUGGUGAACCAAUCAUUCACCUUAAGAAACCAGGGUGCAAGGCCAGCAGUAACUGUUGAAUAGCAUUCCAAUGGGAUCUCCCUCUGUUUCUGAUUAUAUAUUUUCGAACAUGAAGAGGGAUGUGUGUGUUCAUUUGCUGCAACAGACUAAGAGUCUUGUGGCACCUUGAAGAUGAAGACGAAGAGUCUUGUGGCAUAAACUUUCAUGAAGUACUAUCCCAAAGUGGCUGGUAUAUAUACACAUUGUGGUUUGCUUCCCCCUGCCCCAUUUCAUUUCCCUCUGCCGGUUUAGGAGAACACUUCAUGCACCUGAUGAAGUGGGCUCUGGGCUAUGAACAUCUAUGCUGCAAUAAAUUUGUUCAUCUUUAAUAUGUGCCACAGAACUGUUUGUCGCAUAUCUUUCAAGUCAGUUUUUUAAAUAUAUGUGAGUGAAUGUGUUAUUUUACCUUGUUGUGUUCUAGCACUAAAUAUCAAGUAGUUUUCCUUUAAAGAAAACUUUGUAGCUCUUUUUGCAUGUGGCUAGCAGAUACAGCUAUAACAAUAUUUGCACACUUUGCAAUAAUCAAUCUUAGAUUUACAAGUCAGCAUGUCAAAACUCAAUAUCUGGAUCCAGCAGAGCUGCUUAGAAACCAGGAAGCAGACUAACCAUUAUGUGUUACUUUGUCCUUGUUCCAGAAAGGCACAGUUAGUCCUUAUGGGAACAUAGUGUUCUAUACAGCACUUGUUCUUUCUUUCUUUCUUUCUUUCUUUCUUUCUUUCUUUCUUUCUGGGAGGGAGGCACUUAUAUAUGCAAACAGAUGUUCAGUCAGAAUGUCCACAUAGCUUUGUUAAUCCAGGUAAUAUUUCUAUUGUGCAAGUGUAUUACUGUAAUUUUACUAUUUGACUUCGCACCACAAUCUGGCCCUGUCACAAACAGGAAGUACAAAGAUUUACAAAUGAAUAGUAGUAUGUAGUUAUAACAGUGCAGCAACCUGUGACCUGUUCUAUAGCAGUUAUUUUGCAUACUCUGCUUAGUAAGGGAAGGGAAGACAAGGCAAGACUGUCUAGUAGCCGUUCCUGGCUAAACAAGUCCUUGCUCUGAACUGAGCCCUUCAUGACUCCAGUAAACACAGAGGAUUUCUAGAUUGCUGCGCAGGGUCACAGAGGAAACUUUCUGUGCCAGCACUGGCGGAGGAGUGCGGGGGGAGCGCACCUCCACUGGCAGCACGAUGCCGUUAGGGUGCCAUUGCGGCUCCCCCCCCCCCCGCGCUGGGUGCCAUGCCCCUGCAGGUGGCAUGCCACGCCCCUGCGGGCGGUGCCCCACGCCCCCGGGACGCAUGCCAGCCCCGCCCCUGCCUGCUCUCCACACCCUGGUGCUGAAGCAUGAAGCUCUGCCACUGCCUGCCAGUGCCAUGCAGGUGCCCUUGUAUAGAAUUUUUGUGCUGGGGCAGAGUGCCAGUAGCUUUUGCAACACUGUGUCCCAGUUUAAUUACAAAAACACCAGUUUCAAGCUCACUUCUACAUCAGGGCCUACUGCCCAGUGCUAGGAACUGUGAUGUCUAUGCAAUGGCUCUGAAAACUGGGCCACAACAUGACUAAAGUAAUUUAUUUGCAGAAAAACUUUUACUAGACUCUGAAAAUUUCAAAGACUGUAGAAAUCAUCUGAAGUACUCAACUCUGUUGGCUAGAGGUCUCAUUUUAGAAAUGCAUUUAUAAUGUUUAAUACAUCACAGCAGUUUACAACAAUAUAAAGACAUAAAACCAAACAAUAAAAUCAAUGGAACAGAAUAGAAAAAAAAUUCAGCAGGCAUUUAAAAGAUGGCACAGAAGUCUCCUGGUGAAUUUCUAUUGCAGAAAGUCAUGGGCAAUGUGGCUUUGGGGUUUAUUUUGGGGCCCGAAUGCUGACAAAAAUGUGUUUUAGCCAUGAAGCGCUUUAAUUCCUGUCAAAAUAUUUGCAGUCAAACAGUGCUUUACAGUGCAUUGUUGUUUUCUUUCUCAUAUAGUCCAUCUGAAAGGAUUCUGUGAUGGCAGGAUGUUUGAUUGCAGAGAUGUAGCAUUCACGGUUGGAGAAGGAGAAGACCAUGACAUUCCCAUUGGAAUUGACAAAGCUCUGGAGAAGAUGCAAAGGGGAGAAAAUUGUAUCCUACAUAUUGGAGCACAGUAAGACAUUUGAGAUUUCUCCCAUCUCUCUCAAUAUUUUCAGUAGUUGGUGUGAUAAAGCAGAGAUGUGGAGCCACCCUCUGAAUACAGGUGUUGCUGCAGCUUAUCGAGCUGGUGCUUCAGCAGGGCAGCUGUGAGGUUGAUGCUGUGUGGAUGUACUGACAGAGCCAAUAUUGUGCUCCUGUCAAUGUUUUUACACAGCCACAACAUCACCACCACCACACAACUCUGUCCUGGUCCCAUUCAGGUAAGCUGUAGCAGUGCUGGUUUUGGGAGGGCAACUCCACAGCUCUACCUCACCAUACUGGCCACUACUGUCUGUCUCUUACAGAUGCACACACUACACAGCUUCUACAGCAUUCAACUCUAACGUAAGCAGAGAUGCAUUUAGACAUUAUUUUGCCACAGGUUCUGUGGCUGUGCCUCCAGUGUGCCAGAGUGUUUUGAUUGCUGGAUUUUGAACACACACAGUUGCCCACAAUGCAGAGCAGUCCUGUAGUUUUUAAAAAAUAAAAUACUGCUGUUUGAUCAGCUUUCCUUCAAAGUAAGGUUACCAGAUUUUUUUCAAUGAAUCUGGGGACACUUUUCAACUUCAAUGGAUUUUGUAUGGGGACUGAUUUGUAAAUCCAGGGACUGUCCCCGGGAAACGGGGAUGUCUGGUAACCUUAUCUCAAAGCGGCUUCAUGCUGAAAGGAAAACUUUACAGUUAAGCUCUGGUGUGUACGUUUGAGUCAGGUAUUGCACAUGCUUAGACAAUAGCCUGGUGAAUAGGAGUUGUGGGAUAUAGGCAAGGAACCAAACAGGUAAAACGCAAUGGGUGGCGACAUCACUGUCCCCUCUCAGGUAUAUACAGCAACAUACAAAUGCAAAUUGAAAUGCAAGGGAGGAAAUUACCUUGCUGUGCUUUAAGCUACUAACACAUGCAUAUUCUAUGUUAACCUUUGUCGCAAAUGAGGUGAUUAAAAUAUGUUAAACCAAACCAAUUGUGCAUGUAAAGUGUUUUUGUUAAAUGAUUUUCUAUCGUAAUACAGCUCUUGCAAUUAAUAGUGCCAGAACUACAUUCUAUUGCUAGCUAAUGGUAGGAAUCUUACAUAUGUCCUAUGAGGUAUUAUCUCUCUUAAAACCUAGAGUAACAUUAUUCACAUCUGGCAGAUUUUAAGGGUUGGAGUAGAAAGAAUUUAGGCAAUAAUUCCAAAUAUUAUUAUCUAUUUACCCUUCUAAAGUUUAGUGUGAUUAUUAAAGAUCCUAAGACAUUUGUGAAAAAUCUCAUUACUGAAAAAUAAAUGCAUGUUCCAUUGAAGAAGGUAUUAAAAUUGAGUAGGAAGCAAGGUAUAUAAUAGUAUCUAAUCUGAAUACAAAGGAAGUAAUGAUAAGCCUAGUAUAGUGUGUACAAUCUGUGUGUGUUGCCACAGAUGAGUUACUUGGCCACUGGUUUCCUAGGCAACAUCUGUUUUGUUUCCAGGGGCCGAUGUGUAGCUACCCACUGUUAUCUCCACGUGAGCGCAAAUAUUCAGAAUGCUGAAUUAAGUGCCUCAUCCUAUGCUGUUUUUGUUUAGUAUUUUGUUUCCAUGCUUUGUUUUAGAUAUGGAUUUGGUGAAGCAGGGAAGCUUAAAUUUGGCAUAGGGCCAAAUGCUGAACUUGUGUAUGAAGUUACACUGAAAAGCUUUGAAAAGGUGAGAAUGGGAUUUUUUUCCAAUUGUAAAUAGCUAUAAUACACACACACACACACACACACACACACACACGGCUGACAUUUACCUACAAUAUCUCUUCUGCAAUGAAAACAUUUAGGAUGUCCUGUUCUCUUUCCCCCUCCCUGCCCCUGCAUGUUUGUGACAAAGCUUGGUAAGGCAGAUACGUCAACUAAGGUCACAGAGUUCUUGUGAGUGUGUUUGUUUUAUUGUUUUGGGUGAGGUCCAAUACUUGUUCUGGGCUUGUUCCUUUUGUACUUCUUUUUUUUCCCUGGGCUGCAGACAAAAAAAAUCAUGUUCUGCCAAACAGCACUAAGAGGAGGGCAGGGCAGAAUUGCCAAACAGGCUGUGCCCUCUUUGGGGUGCUAGAGAAUGUACCCAUCUCUGUACAGUAUAGUAAAGGAACAAGAUGUACAUAAGGUGGAGCUGUGCUUUUAUAGUCUAUACUGGGGAAUGUUUGCAGGAGGAAGGCGUUGGUUUCUUCUCCACGCUUUCUACUCUUGAAAGAUUUGUAGAGGUUUCUCACACUUUCAUGACUUUUUCAUCCUAUCACACUUCCCAAGACAGUGUUUGCAAAGAGAUUUUUAGCAGAGCUAUAAUCAUUUGUGAAGUGGGUCCCCAAGUUUAGGGCAGCAUCCGCAGAAUGCUGUCUUCAUUAAAGUGUCAGCCAGUACCUUUAAUCCGGAUUUCUCCUUACUGGGAAAAAAUCUGAUAAAUAUAUUAUUAUGCAUCUGCAGUCAUUGCUGGUGUGGAACCUGUUAAGUGCUUUUUGGGUGGGGGAAUAAUUUGGCACAUGUGUGGUGAUGUUUCAGUGGGUAGCUUCCAUUGCCACACUUCUGCUACCAGUUGCUCCCCACAUGGAGCAGAUUUGCACAAGCCUUGUAAUAAUCAAAACAAAUGUGUAGUGCUGCUUACUGCUCUGAAUGGAGGUGGGGAAAUGUGUGUGCCAGUCUUUCUGUGAAUUAAGACGAUACCUCUCUCUUUGCCUUCUCCAACUAACAUUCAAUUUAAAUGUAAAGGAUCUGAGGAUCUGUUCAUGUUGCUGAGAUGGAGAGGGGAAUCAAGUGAGUCCUGAGUGUCAUCUCACUAUUUUUCCAAUCCCCUCCAAGAGUCUCUUACAGCUGUAGGUAGAAGCCCUGCUGCACAGAGCUAUUGAAGAUGAUGGGUGGUGGAGAGGGGAGGGGAGGAGAGAAACAGCAGGAAGAGGCAAGCAGGAAGCCCCCCCUCGCCACCUCUUACUUCACCCACUGUUUGCAAGACAUAGCCUUAAUUUCAGUGCCGUAAAUAUUUAGUUACUCUGAAACUUGCUCUUAAUUUCUAAAGCCAGAUGUAGCUUACCUAGUACCCUCUAUAGCUUGAUGGUAGAGCAUGUGCUUUCUGUGCAGAAGACCCCUGAUUCAAUCCCCAACUGGGAGAGACUCCUGUUGGAAUCCGGAAAGCCACUGCCUGUCAGUGUUGGUAAUACUGAGUUAAAUGGACACAAUGACCUGACCCAGCAUAAGACAGCUUCCUGGGUUACCCUUUGUGUGUAAUACCCUCUAUUCCUUCCUACUCACUGAUCCCAUUGCUAACACUACUGCAUUACUUGAAAUAAUACGUUCAAGUAAUGUCAAAGUUGGAAAUAGUGAGAUUCUGUGAAGUUUACUGUGUCUCGGGGUCUGAAGACAAUUUCUAAGAAAGAAGCAGGGUUUGUUGUCCUUAUAAUUACCUAAUUAUUGCUAUACAUGUUUCCUUUCAGGCCAAAGAAUCCUGGGAGAUGGACACCAAAGAGAAAUUAGAGCAGGCUGGCAUCGUCAAAGAGAAAGGGACUGUGUACUUCAAGGUCUGUGUCAACAUGUCUAGAAAUAGUAGCAUCAAUAAUUGGAAUUUCUUCUGAUAAAUGCCCUGUAGUUUAAUUGCCAGUGAUGACACUUUCGGAAGCACUGUGGUUCUCAAGCAACCCUAAUGAUGCCUCUUUUCCACCUCAGCUUCUCAUUCCAAAGGUGGAGUUGCCUGUAAGCUGGACUGACGCUAGGAGUAGAGAUGGCAUGAGAUAUAUUGGCGGUGGUUUGGAGGGUUUCUGAAAUAUUCUUUCUAGUCACAUGGUAGUCUUGGCAGAAUGUGACAGCACCCAAACUAUAUGACACUACUGCUUGCUAAUACUCUCCUGACUUCCACACUUUCAGUUCCCAUUGAUGUUGCACCUAGCCCUUCCGUAUUGCUUCCUUCUUCUCAUUCUGUUGCUGUUCAAAUUAUAAAAAAUUUCAUAGUCAAAUAUAUUUCACAUUCAUUACCAUUCUUAAUCUGAUCUUCUUUACCCCAUGCUAGGAAGGCAAGUACCUACAGGCAAUGAUUCAAUACGGGAAGAUUGUAUCCUGGUUAGAAAUGGAAUAUGGCUUAUCAGAAAGGGAAUCUAAAGCUUCAGAAUCGUUGUUGUUGGCAGCCUUCCUCAACCUUGCCAUGUGCAACUUGAAGUUGCGGGAGUAUACGAAAGCUAUUGAGUAUUGCAAUAAGGUAAAGAGACAUUUGGCCAUGUGGGGUUUGGGAGGCCAUUGGUGGUGGGUGGUGGUCAUAUCCUGCCCUAUAUCUCUUUCAAACAACCUUUGACCCUGAUUCUUUUAACAUAUUAGAGACAGAUGCCAAAAUAUCUUUUUAAAAACUUUAAAAGGCAACAAACUUCUAUCUGAUAGAUUUAGAAAUAGAGCCUACUUUAUAAAUACUCCUGUGCUGAUGGAUUGUUGUGGCCAUUGCCUGCAGAAUACAACAGUUCUGUGGCAUCUUGGAAGCAAAGUGCAAAUAUAUGCAAAGAGUUAAGUUUAACAAAUCCAUUAGAUGUUUAGUCCCUGUACUGUACCGUUUACACUGAGAGGAAUGAUUCCUCAUUAUGGCUGUGAUUCUAUACCCACUUACCUGAGAGCAAGCCACAUUGAACUCGGUGACAUUUAUUUGUUUGUUUAUUGACAUUUGUAAAAACAAAAAAUGAGUGAAAGAAAGCACAAAGCAAAGGCAAAUAAAAAUGUAAAAAAAGACAGGACAUGUAUAGGAUUUCACUGUGAAUAUUCUGACUGCUCUACAAUUUGUUACAGGAGUAGGGCUGUCCUUUCUAGAAUGUCCCUUUUGACUACAGAGAACAUGAGUAGUAAACUGAGUUGGGAAGAACUGCAUAUGAUCCUUAAUGUAUAUGAUUCUUUAACUGAACACAAUACAGGCAACAACCAUUUUGCGCAUGUUCAAAGCAUGCACGACCGUGCACACGUGCAUCUCUGCAAACCCGGAAGUGGCAGGGAAAGCGGGUGGGGUAUGCUUAUAUGCACCCCGACGUAGCAUGCAAUGACCCAGAACACAACCCCUGCACAAAUUGGGGGUUGCUGUUGCAAGAACUUUCUUAGGCAACACCUUCAGGUGUACAUGGAAUACAUGAACUAUGACAGCAUCUCAAGGCAAAUUUUUAGGGGUGCCAUGAAACAGGGGCCUUUUCAGUUUUAAUGUCAGUCACAUAAUAGCUACAAUUUCCGUAAGUUUAUUCUUUAAUACUGUCGUGUUGCUACAGCAGGGUUUAUCUGCAUUUCAUACUGUUUUCCAUCAGUUAAGCAUGCAUAGGUAUUAUUUUAGAACGGACCAUAUUCUGGGUUUGGCUAGAAGUCUGCAGAAUGGAACUGCUAUUAUGUGCUUUAGGUCUCUGAAUGCAGCACACAGCUAGAAUGAAGUGUUAAAAAAUGAGCCAGAACAUUUAAAUUAGUAAAAUAAUUAUGCAAACGUAAGGCAUGUGCUUACGGGUACAACUAUAAAUAUCUGGGGUUUGUGAGUCAUCAUCUAAAUAUUGCCUGUAAACUCUCUUUUGGGCCUCUGUUUGGAAGCUUUAAGCAUAAUAUCCGUUUGCAUUUAGUCACUGUAUCAUAUUACUCUUUUUUGAAUGUUCUAUUUGUAGUUGAAGAUGACUUGUCAUCUACAACAUACACAUUUCCAACUAGUUUUGGAGACAAAUCCAUUUUGUAGAUCAGUGGAGAGAUUUCCACCAUUUUAGUGCCAGCAUGUUUGAGAAAAUUACCUUGUUGGGUUUAAAAUCCUAUGCUUGAUUCAAUAAUAUUGAAGCUCUUAUUUUUACAUCUGUAACUGAGGCACCAUAGAAACAUCUGAUAAAAACAUCUGGCAUCUGGAUUUGGAUUUUUGAUUAAGAAGUUCAAAUGCCAAAAUUUCAGGGUAUGCAGCAGAUAUAUAGUAUGUGAGGUUUAAUUGUUACUUCACUUUUUAAAAAAAAAACAGCUUUGUUACUAAGGUCAAUAAAUAAGCUGUAUGUCUAGAAACUCAGCUUUGUCAUUUUGUCUAGUGUGGCUCCCAAGAUUAAUAUGUACAAGCACUUCAGCAUGCGUUGACUAUUUCCCCUUCUGCAGCUCUGCCCCCCAGCUCUGUAUGGUAUGCCAUUCUGCUGCAGGUUUUUUUUAGGGAUAAAGUGCUGUAUGUGGUGGUGGAGUAAUUCUGUCUCCCCCACACUCGCAUGUGCGCAUAGAAAUGCAUUCUGUGCAUGCACAGUAAUCUUUGGAUGACACCAGUUGGUCAUAUAAGAGACAUUAAAAUAAAAGGAUAUGCCUUGUACUGCUUGCAUUUUAAGGGCUGAAGUCAUUUUUCUAGAAUAUUACCUAUUCCUGUGUCAGUGACUCAUGUCCUUGCUCUUGAGCACUUAACAGCCCUCUUUUUCAUUGGACUUGGCAGAAUCAGGCUUUUCUAGAAAACCAUGUGACUGGGGGAAAAACGUUCCUCUUUUAUUUUCCAUAAAUGGAAAUUGAGAAUCUAGGUUAUCCUGCCUCUAUAAGGCAGUCCUGGUCACAGCUGUAUGAUUCUAUAUGCGGUUGUUGUUGUUUUUCUAUUGUUGUCAACCUUAAUUAAAACAAAAGCUGUAAUAACACCUCAGCACAUGACUUUAUGACCAGCAUACAUACUCAGGGUUUUUUUAAAAAAAAAAAAAAACAAUAUUAUUUUUUGAAGUUGUGUUUUCUACAGAUCAGUUUCAUUUGUUCUGAGACGUUAGCGUUGUAUGCACUGUUGGGUUUGAAAGAAAAGAGGGGGAGGGUGUAUGGGUAGGGCAAUGCUUCUGUUCUUUUACUUAGUGUAUGUGUGGGAUUUUGUGUCAGUGUCACUUGUGUGGGUUCUCUUUCUAUUUGCUUGUUAUAUUUCCUUGGUGGUGAGAGAGGUUGGGGUGGCCUAGAGUGUGUGGUUGGUUGUCUUGGGUUGGCUGUAGUGAGGUUUGUUUAUGUGUGUGAGGGGGUGGGUUUUUUGGGUCAGGUUAGCCAUGUUGAGCAGACAUACUCAGUUGACACAUUUUCUUUCUGUCCCACAUCCUCUUCUUGAGUCCCGUUUUCCUCAUUCUUGUUGUCUCUGUCUGUGGAAUCAUUUUAGCUAUGUUAAAUGUGUGGAUGUAUGUUUGCAGGCGUUAGCACUGGACCAGCUCAACGAAAAGGGCUUGUACAGAAGAGGAGAAGCACGACUACUCAUGAAUGAAUUUGAAUUGGCAAAGUGUGACUUUGAGAGAGUGCUCGAAGUGAAUCCACAAAACAAGGCAGCCAGGUCACAAAUCACUGUGUGUCAGAAGAAGACAAAGGAGCACAAUGAACGUGACCGAAAAAUAUAUGCCAACAUGUUCAAGAAAUUCGCAGAGAGAGAUGCAAAGGUUUGCACCACGCCAAUAUGGCCUCCUUCCAACCUCUGUCCAACUUUAACUAUGCCAAAAUACUGAGGGGGUGUGGUAUAUAAUUAUACAGAAAUAUUAACAAUGCAUUGGGUGGCAUUCUACGAAGCUUUACUUGGCAUAGACCCAAUGAAAUUAAUGGACCUGACUUAGUCAUGUUCAUUAAUUUCAGUGUAUCUACUCUGAAUAAAACUUAGUGGAAUACCACCCAGUAUAGUUUCCACAGGUGGUGGUGGUGGAUUCUUAGAAUUCUCUUCUUGGGGGAAAAUUAAGGUGAUUUGGCAGCACAUGGAGGAGGUGGCUCAGAGUCUCAGGGACAUCUUCCAGCAUCCCACCACAGAGGGGUUUCCCCCCCUUUGUUUAUGGAGGGGUAUUCAGUCCUAUGAUGAAUGCUCAUUUGGGGCACAAAAAAUGGCACAAUUGAGGAGACACUUACCGUAAGUCAGAUUGUAGACACUCAGCCGUGAGCCCAUAAUUGAAUAAUUUUCAGAUUACCAAUUUAGGUAGGUAGCCGUGUUGGUCUGACGCAUUCAAAAUAAAUAAGAAAAUUUAAAAAUUGUCCAGUAGCACCUUAGAGACCAACUAGGUUUGUCUCUAAGUUGCUACUGGACAAUUUUUUGAUUUAUUUCAGAUUACCGUUCAGUGGCACCUUAACUAUAUAGCUCAUCCAGGCUAAUAGGCUUUGAAAUUCUCUAUUUCCUUAUAGAGGUGCACGUGUGAAGCUUCUGAAUCACAACCAACAUCUAUGUGCAUACAAUAUUGUAAGCUCCAGAUGCAUUUUCAUUUUGUGACAAACGAUUUUUAUAAUCUGAAAGUUUUCCAGAAACCCUUACAACUGCUAGCAAAGACUAAUAAUGAAAUGAAUGCAUUCAUCGUAUUCCUUUUCUUAUCUCUAGCAGUAGAGGUAGUUCUUUCUGUUCACCUCUGUGUAUCAGAGAUGGCUUCAGAUAAAAUCUAGACUGUUUUGUAAGCAUUGAGGAUUCACCUGCUUCUACCAUUUCACAGUUCAUCGUACACUCAGAGAGGGGUUUAGGUAACAGGCAGUUUACAGAGGCAUAUCUUCCAGUCCCUUUCUACAUUCACGUUGCAACUUCAGAGGUUGUUAGAGUUGUAGGUACCUGAAACAUUCAUUUCCCAUGUUGAGUUUCAUGUGCCCAACUUCAUUUACAGCAAUUAAUGGAAUGGUAUUUCUAAAAUACUGCUAGGAAGCAAUUCUCUUUGCAUUAUUUUUUUUUUGAGCUUAAAAGUUCUGAGAAUCUUUGAAUUUAUGCUUUAAGAACUUCUGUUUUUACCUCUUCACUAAUCUCCACAUUGUGUGUUUGCUGUUGGUUACAGGAGGAGGCCAGUAAACCCCCAGGAGAGGGAGAAGAAAAGUCUUGCUCUGAAAUUGGGCUUAAGGAGACAGUGACGGAAGGUGAAGAAGCAGAGGGCCACGUAUGAUUGUGCAGCAGAAAGACAAUCCUUCUGAAUUCUGCCUGCAUUCAAACAGGUUUCUGAAGAACUCAGAAUUCAACAGUGUUUAUUGUAAAGGUUGUUACAGUAGGCGUUAUUGUGGAAGCAAAAAGCCUAUUCAGCAGCUUCACAAGAAACUAUAAAAUCACAGCCACUGCUGUGAGCAUUCUCGGCAGUGGAACAUGAGCAGAGCGACAGUAUGGGACCACUCCAAGUGGAACAAAUGGUUUUAACACACACACACACACACACACACACACACACACAGUCUUGGUUAUAGAAGAUUUUUGCUGAGGUGGCUCAAAGAGAACUCAAUCAGUUUGCAUCAGUUCUAAAGGCAGUGACCAGGGUUCUAUAAAAUGAGUUAGCAUUUAGGAGCUGUCAGCUGUAUAAUUUUGGCAUUGCAUUUGGUGUACUGUAGUAGCACCACAUGGGUGUAUGUUGUCUGUCUUAAACAAAAACAAAACAAAAGAUGCAACUGCUACCAACGCAAGGCAUCCCUCUGGCCCUACUAGAACCAUGUGGAAAGCAGUUUAUGGCUUUGAAAGCCAGGCUCCUGGGAUCUUUUUCAGUCUGUCUUAUAUUUCCAAUGGGUUUCUGUAGCACAAACUGGUUUCUCAGGGAGCUGAGCAGUCCAAAUCACACUAUUAUUUUUAAAUGAUUGUUUGCUGGAAAGGUCCCUGACCCAUGGAUGACUGAGCGUGCCACCUUCAAGGCAAGAGUAUCUUUUCUAUCCCCACCCAAUAACCUGCUGCAGGUAGAAUGAAAGGUGCACCUGGACUGAGUCAGGAACCCCCUUCUCCCCACAACACCAGUUGCGUGAGGGCACAUCUAUAGUCAAGUACUGUAGCCUGAUUCCUUUUAUGGAUUUGUCUUGCAGAUUUGCGGGAAAGGUAUGCAGUGAUAGACUUGGAUUAUGUGUUCAGUCCUUUUUUAGGGGCUUUCCAGAUACCUUUCCCGAGAUUAUAAUACAGCGAGUAAUGAAGAUAUUAAGAAAAUUACAUUUCCUUUCAGGAAAUUAUUGCCAUUAGUCCUAUUAGCAAUCCAGUUUUGUUUUCCCAUCACAUUAUAAGCAUCUUAAGAAACAAAAAUAAUAUUUUGGUUUUAAAAUUCCUUGCUUGUUCUUGGGAUUCCUAUCUCAAAUUCUUACUUGGAUUUCUCCCCAGAAGCUGUGCCACUGUCUUGUUUUUGUUUGCUUGAUAAAGUGAAGAGGGUCCAUUCUGCAUCCAACCAAUGGUUUUUUUCGAAAUGAUUUUAGCUUAAAGUAGCAAAUGUUCACUGCAGAUGAAGUAUCAGAGUCAUAUCAAUCUUCAUUGUUUCUCAAAAUACAUAACAGCACUGAAAUGCAACUCCUAGAGAAAGAUAAUUGUACUCAAGUCCCACUGAAAUUAUGAUGAUUUUAAGUGCAAAAAAAUGUUUCUGAGUUUGGGUCAGCAAGUUUACUGAUCUGUAACGGAAUGCAAACAAAUCCACAGCAUAUACUGCUAUAGCACCAGUACAGACUAGGGCAUUUUGCUUUCCUAUAUACCAGAAAGACAACACUGCUAUGUUUUUAAACAAACUUUUUUUAAAAAAUGCUCUAAUUUUUAAAAAGGGAAUUAACAAAUGUUUAACAUCUUUUCCUGUUAGCAUCUGUUUUAAAAAUGCAUUUUCUUUUUUCCUCUCUCUUCCUGGUCCUGCUGGAAGCAUAGUUUUCUCCAUCUCUCCUUUCUACUUCACUGUUUGGUUGUUUAAACGAGCUAAAACCUUAUUGGUAACUUAUUCAAAUAAAACCAUCUAUGGUAUGGUGCCAUUUCUCCUGGUGACAUGAGGAUGUCCCUAAACAGUCAUUGAACAGGGGAAAAAGGCAGGUGUUCUCUUCUGGUGGAGUUCAGCACUUGAAAUUUGUGUGGUAGUUUCCUGCUGGUUAUUCUGUCAACUUUAAAGGAAACUAAAACUCAGUCAACAGCCAAUCCUUACCUGUAAAUUGUUGUACAUCUCUCUAUGUAGUGAAAGUGGCUGAGCACUUUUCCAUACCCAGAUUUUGUUGUAGAUUCAUUUAGGUAGUCGUGUUGGUCUGAUGCAGUAGAAAUAUAUAAAAAUAAUAAAAAUAAAAAUAAUUUAAAAAUUGUCCAGUAGCACCUUAGAGACCAACUAAGUUUGUUCUUGGUAUGAGUUUAAGUGUGUGUGCACACUUCUUCAGAUACACUGAAACAGAAGUCACCAGACUUCACUAUAUAUAAAGGUCUGGUGACUUCUGUUUCAGUGUAUCUGAAGAAGUGUGCAUUUACACGAAAGCUCAUACCAAGGACAAACUUAGUUGGUCUCUAAGGUGCUACUAGACAAUUUUUAAAUUAUUUUUAUUAUUAUUAUUUUACAGAUUUUGUUGGUUUAGGAUGGUGUGAGAUGAAGGGAUAAAAUCAUACUAAACAUGCACAGAAUAGCAAUUUGGCCGCAUGACAUAAUGCUUAUUAUGUCAUGCUAUCAUGCUGUAAACCAAGUGUUUUGCAUUUCUAUACCAAAUCUUAGGCUUUAACUCUGUUUACAUGAACCAAAUUGGCAUAACAGGGAGCAAGUUCUUCAAGACUGCACGUCAUCAUUUUCAUUUUUGUUUUCUAUGAUAUUUACAUAAGCCACAUGGCUUAUUGUGAAAGUCUUAAACUCGCCCAUAAAAAACUAGAAAGAAAGUAAAAUCUGCCCUGGGGUGGGCUCUCAGUAUGGGGUUUUCUCCCCAGAUGAUGUUGGUGAUUUGCAGUGCUAGGAAGAGAGACCAAACUGGUAGCCUUGAUCUUUUGCUCCCGACAAAAUUUAUCUGCCUCCAGUGAUAAAACUGACUCAGUCCUCCUUACGUUCUUGCUACAAAUGCAAGAAAGGGCAAACUACUCAGCACAGUUUUGUUUUUUUUAAAAAAAUUGUGAAAUGGUACCAGGCACACAUUUUAUGUAGUUUUAAUUUCAGUUUUGCUAUGACCAUACAGGAAAGACUUUUCAUCUAAAAGAGACCUGGCUUUGGUCCAUAAAGGCCCCUCCCUAGUAGGCAGCAGCAGUAGAAGCUACUAUGUUAUGUCCUCCAAAGAUAGAAUUUCAGAAUAAGGAGAAUGAUGGCCAUGUAGUAUUCAAAAGAUGUUCCAAGUUUUGUAGAGUUCCAUACUGUAUUUUAAGUUCACUUUUGCGCUCUCCUAAAACCUAUGUCUGGGACAAGGUAGUCACUAAGCACAAUCCUAACCAUAUCUACUCAGAUGUUAGCCUUGUUAGAUUCAGUGGGACUUAUUCCCAGGUAAAUGAUGUUAGGAUUACAGCCUUAGUUUAUCAACCUCUGCCAGAAUUCAUUGUAGCCUUUCCCCCAUUUUCUCUUGUGGCUGUGUCAUGUGGUGAGCAUUCCAUAAUUUCCCCAAGCAACUCUUUUCUUGGCUUAACUAAUUCUUCCUAUUCUCACUACAUCUUUGCUCAGUUACUCUUGUUUAUCAUCAAAUUGCCCACUAAUCAUAGAACUUUGCUGAGGAUGCCUGACAGUUUUAUGUCUUGUGCCUGCUGUGGUUUGGAAACUUGAACCUCUAAAGGUGGAUGUUCAAGCAAUUUCCUGUUUUGCAAUCCUGUAGAUCUGUAGACUAUUUUUAGUUUUAUAUCUGUUGGAACAUCAAGAUAACUGCAUCUACCUCAGUAUUAAGUGGCUAUCAUUUUGUUCUUGAACACAGCCAUUUGAUGUUCAUUUCCAUGCUCCAAACUAAAUUGGCUCUUUUCUAAAAUUCUAUUCCACGCUGAACUAGAACCUCUGUUGCAUUGUUCCAAGCUAUUUGCACUAGCCCAAACUCUGUAGUACCUAGAUUAGGUUAUGCUAAGGAUACUCUUAUAAAAGAAAAAGAAGUGACUUCUAAGUCCUCGUUGGUAUUUGGCAUUGAAGUGGUAAUUUUUUGCUUCAUCAGAAAGAAAGGAUCACACCCUAUUAUUAACAGCUGAAUGCUUGUUGCCGGGUGAGUCUAAUUAUCCUGUGCUAUCAGAGGGUGGUGGCUCUCCUUGGCAGUAGGUUACUCCAAAAACCACCUUUUACCUGUUAGAAUCGCCUGCUGAGAAGAAAAAAGCAGAAUCAGUAGCAGACCACUUGCUAAAAUGACUUCUUAAUGUGCCAAAACAUUGCUGACCAUGCACUGCCUUUUCUAUUUUCUAUGCUCCCUCUCUAGUUCUUGUGCCUGUAUGGGGUGACUAACCAACUCAGGUGGCCUUUUUACUCUGCUAAGUCACAAUUAUGUAUUCAUUGUAUCUGUGUUGUAACAGCGGACUAAAAAAUCCAGUCACAGUUUGUAUUAAGCCAGCUUCAAAAUUUCACACCGACCAUUCACAAUAUAUUAUUCUACUCAAUGUCCACUUCAGAUCCACCUGAAGUGCAGGCAAUGCCAAAUACUCAGAUUCUUAAUACCGUCUUAUUUGAGGCACUUUUUCCUCUUUCUCUCUUAGUCAAGAGCCAUUUGUCCUGGCAUCAUGAAAACCUAGACAUUUUGUAAAUUUCACCGGUUUCCUCAAAGUCUUAAUUCAACAGCCAGAAUUAGUAACAAAUUUAGCUUGACUCACUACCCCCUCUUGCUAUUUUGUUUUGCUGCCAUGAUGCUCACAUCCAGGGAUACAUAAAUUUUGUGUGGUUACCACUGAGCCUGCCUGUUGCCCAAUUGUGAAAAGGGGACAGGCUUGUGCCUGCAAUAAUGAUGGACUUGGUUUUCUGAGGCACUCAGGAGUAAAAACUGUUUCUGAGCACCUCUGAUCUCCAGUGUGACUUCAGAGAUAAACACCUAGCACUCUGUCCCUUGGUGUCUGCAACUGCUAAGGUUAAAAGAUAUGGGUAGGAUUCAGCCCAUGAGAUCUGUCAGCAGAAGCCCAUCCUAGUGUAGCAGGCCUUUCCCACUCUCCUCCCCUGUGCCUCCCCAAAUUGGCUUUAGGGGCAGGUCAGGAGAACCCUCAGAACAGUGUAUGGAGAGAAGGGGGCGAAUUGUUCAUGCUUGGAAUGAUCUGUUUAGCAUUGCAUUUAAUUCCUCCCUUUGCUUGCCACCAGCAAGUUCAUUUGUGGACCCAUAACUGUGUUGCUAUUUGUUUUCUGGUAGUGUAAAAUUUUGGAUGCAACACAAUUCCUCCAAGUCAGCAAAGUUUCAGCAUUCUGCAUGGAAUUUCUUUUCUGGCUAGAAUGACCUUGCAGCUCCUAGUUAAGAAAUCAGUACCUGAAAGAACAAGCAGGUUGGUAAUCAUCCCAGUGGGUUAAAUGUGUCUUGCACCUUAAUAGUUUGAAAGUUUUUCUUCAAAUAAAACACAAAAAACAGAAGAUGACAAGACACAGCUGUAUUAAUGUAUUAUUGGUAGCUGGGAAAUGAAGCACUGUGGCCAGCUAUUUUACCAGAGGUCUCAUGUUACAAGGACAGUAUACAAGGGAUUUCUGACCCUCUGUUAACUUUCUGGACCACUACAUAUCCUGAAAACUUUGGAAUAGCCAAGUUACCUAGAAGGUUUAAAAGGGUGGGUUAGAUGGAUGCACAGAUGGUGUGAAUGGCUAUCAGCUAGAAUAACUAGCUGGAAAUUUCCAUGAUCAUAGAUAAGGUGCCUCUAAAUUAACAGAUGUUGGAGAAAAGGAACAGAGAAAAGCCGUGCCUGUGAUCCUUCCAGCAGUAUCUACCUGGUCACUAUGGGUAAUAGAAAUAAAUGAACUUUUAUUUAAUCCUUUAAGGCAGUUUUCAUAACCUUGUGAAUUGAGGUCUCUACUAAGCUUUGCUUUGCUUUGCAUAUAUAAAAAUGUGCUUCCUGCCCAGGAUUCUAUGUGUUGUGUUGUACAGAUAGAGCUUCUCUUGUCCGCUCUAUUGAGGAGAAUCAGAACGCCCACUCCAAGCAUGUGUGCAGCAAAUAAUUGUGCUCAGAGAGGAGCAACACUCAGAGAAACUAUGUUGUGUACUUUGAAAAUUAUUUAAGGAUUCAGAACGCAUACAUGUGAGCAGGACUGGCCCACCUUUUUGCCUGAGGUGGAACAUCAAGUACCCACACCCCCAAAAAGCUGAGGUGCAUACACGAGGCAGGCAGGUUAUUUUGGCAUUUGAGGCAGAAAAUCCCACAAAUGUUUAUCUGCUGGAAUAAAAUGGCAACUUUUGCAACACCCAGAAACUUCUGCCUGAGGCAACCACUUUGCUUAAUGGUUGGUGGCAUGUGAGACCACUUCAUUCAUUCAUUCAUUCAUUCAUAUAUAUAAUACAAGGUUAAUGCAAGUGUUGGGGAAACUGUAUAAAGCAGCCAUCUAAAUUACUAAGGGGGAAGGUGUCCAUCCCCUCCCAGCUCACAUGCAAGUGGUAUUUUAGUAACAUAAUGCACAGAACAAACUAUAGGAGCUGAACGUGGGGUUUUUUUGGGGGGGUGGGAUACAGUUUAAUAGAGAGUUGGAGGUACUCCCAUGCAACCCUUACAGCUUGGGUCUCUGGUAUGCACAGAGCUAUGAUAAAGAGCCUACAGGCCUUGUGUGCUGUUUCUCCCCAAAGUACUAUGAACUUUAAUACCAGGAAAUAAAGCUGCAUGCUUGGCGCCCAAAGGGACAGCACAGAACUAUGGAAGCUAUUGGCAGGAGCAGUUAGCUGCCAUAGUACUUGCCCAGGGGAAAUGGUUAGUUGCCCCUUGUGAACAGGUAAAUAUCAAACUACAGGACGGGUGUAAAAAUACACAGGUGGUUGCAUGAGUGCAGUGGGCAUAUGUGUUGGGAAGCCAGGUUGUCUGCACAUGCGAUAGUGUUCUGAUGUGUUGUAGUUGUACUACUACUAAUUUACCGCACUUUAAAUUUAAGCAUCUCGCACAACCCUGGUCCAGCCUCUCUUUACUAGGCCACAUUGGUUUUCACCCCCCACAGUGAAAUAGCACAUGCUACUUUUUAAUGCAGCUUUUCUAACCUGAAUGCUUAUCUCCCCGUCAAGGGGGGAAAUAACAUGAAGUGGCCUUGAAAGAGAGAGGCGACUGAGAAUUUCAAUUACCAUUUACAGGAAAAAAUGCAGAGCAAGCCACCUACCUCUCCAGGCCAGAGACUCUGUACCUCCCUUCUUCAGGAGAAUAAAUGCCUUGCUCCAUUGAUACAAGGGCAAGGCUACUAAAUAGCAUUUUACAAGUUGCUUUCAGUCCAGCUUCAGCACUUUAGAGGAACAGAGGAAGGGAAAGAUACCUUAUUCUGAAGUGUCCUCAAAGCCUGUUGCAAAUGCAACAGAAGCCCAGACACCAUGGCCUUAAGGUGAAAUUCAUUCACUAUCUUUUCUCUCUUCAUUCAGACCUUUCUUGAAGCUACAGGUUUUUCAGAGUCCAUUUAUUUCUCACCAAUUGGAUUUGAGGUAUUGCUACUCAGGCAGACAUCUGAAUCCUCUCUCUUCCAUGCGGCUGGAGGCAAAAUAAGUCUAUAGCCACAAGUGAUAUCUAUUUCCUCUUUUUCAGUAACUGGAACAAAGGAGCACAGCUGCAGCAUUAAAUCUGUGGAAGAGUUCAGUUUUCAUGCGUUUUGAGGGUGAAGGCAUAUAACAUUUUUAGAGUGGAGAGGCCAUAUUCAAUUUAAACAUAUAUUUUCCUCUUUUGGGCAAAUGUUUAAAAACCAGUUCCAUAAAACCGCAGUGUUAGAUUUGUUAGAAAAGCCAGCUGCGUUGUGCAGGUUGGCAAGUGCCGGUGGCCUGAUCAUUGCACAUAUGUGCACAUCAAUCCUCACAGCAGUUUUGCAUCUUUAUUGCAUGUUUACAUUUUUAAUAAGUUGAGGAAGAAUGACUAAAUGUAUAUGUGCCACUUUAAAAUAAAAAUAAAAAUGCAUAGUGUACCUGAAGCAGAAUGAGAGGGUCAAAACUGAUGAUCAAGACUUCACCCUCUAUUUCUUAUAUAUACUUGGAGUCCAGUGAUAUUGCAUAUCCCUGUGUAAUGCGCACAUAAUAGCUAGAAACUAGAAGUCAUUCAGUAAAAAAGAAAAAAAACACCUGUUUCCGGCUUUCACCCACCUUUAUUUUCUUUUCUGCAGAGUAAAAAAGAGUCAUAAACAAGCUCUCUCCGCCAAUUGGGCAUCACGCAAAAUAAUUGUGUUCUGAUGUAUACAUACAGCAGAAGCUGUUCCGAAUCUCAUUGUUGGCAUUGCCUGUUUUGUUUUCUUUCCAGUACCAGGGUCUAGUUAUUAAAAGAAAAUGCCUCCAGUGCAAUUUAAAGUGGCAAAGGGUGGUGUGGCAGAACUACCGUAUGUCUCUCACUAAAACAUAGCACAGCAAUGUAAUACAGUUUCUAAUGUGGCACGACUCUGCUGAGUGGAAGGUAAUGAAUGAGAACAAUUUUUAUUAAAUGAUGUAGAGAGGCAAUUACAUACUGCUUAAGAUCGCACACUGCUGGGGUGGGGCAGAGGUGGGUUGUCCCAAGUGUGUCCUAAUGGUCUUUAUAUCCUUGGAGAGUGGGGCCUUCUCAGAACACCUCUUACAGAAACUUAAAGCACUUAUCAGUGUUGGGGAAACUGUUUUACCCCUACUUGUGUCAAAAACAUGAAAUAAAAAUAAAAUCUGACCUUUUUUUCCACCAU